AUGGCCCUGAUUCCCCCACCUAAAAAAAAUAAUGAAUUUACAAGUUCCCUCGGAGGAAGCAAAUCAAAAGGCCCAGUCAAUAAUAUUUGUAACUGUACAGUUUUGGCCGCCAUAUAUAUCAUAAAUAGCACAUUUUUCAGAACAGCUAAUGGAUCAGUUUUCAUUUGCGCUAAGAAAACGAGCCGGCUCCCUUAUUUACUUCCAAGUGAGUCCCACGUAUGAGUAAGUAGCGCUUAUUUUCCAGGUAAACAUGCUAUUUUGGAACAGGGUGGGAAUAUUAAUAGCAUAGAUGUAUAUUUGUUUUUAAUCCACCGGACUAACUGGUGUGUGUGUGUAUGUAUACAUUAUAUAUAUUUAUAUAUAUAUAUAUGAUGGAUAUGUUUGCCCGCGUAUCUUUAAUAUUUCAGCCUUUAACGCCACAAAAUUCUCCUCCCCCAGGAAUGUAAAAUGCCAUCAAAUGUAAGUUCGAUUUGUCUUUAAAUGAUAUGGUGUUUGCUUGUGUGUUUUUGAGGCAUCUUAAAUGCCACAGGGACUUCGAUUUUCUUCUUCAAGUCCCCUUUCUGCUUUGUUUCGCUGCUUGAACAGUCUGGGCCCAAUAAUAUUUGACUUAUUCAUGCCCCCUCUUCUCCAAAUGCUAAAUUGGUUCCCCGAAUAUCCUUUUUCCUUCCUCCCAAGCCUAAUCGAUUCCCCAAAUUAAUCAAAUCAGUUUGAAACUAAGUGAAUCUCGCUCCGGUAAGUGUUUUAAAAUACCAAAUAUAGUUCUGAGGAAGGUGAGAUGAGGUUCUUACCCCCCCCGCCCCCCCCGCCCUGUAUCUUGGCCGGGAGGGGAAUAAGACUUUGACUCUUUAAGUGCUCUGUCGCUUUGAACUCCACCUAAAAGAUAGAUGUAGAGAUUGCCCCAAAAAGCGGGAAGGGGGGUGGUAGAAAAAAAUAGCGAAAAGCUUCCCCUCUCCUUUCUUCCUCUUCGCCUCAGAAGGGGCCACGCUGAAACUUCGUCUGGGACUUGAGUUUUUAACAGCUCAGGUCUGUGCCAUGCAUGGCUACUUUGAAAUAAACGCCAGUGAGUUUAGGGAGGCUUACUCCCAGGUAAGCGUGGAUUGGAUUGCAGCCCGAAAACGCGUUGGUAGAAGCUCCUCUCCCCUCUGCUCUGAAGCGAGGAUAGCUGCAGAAGGUUGUUUUCCGAGCUGCAAAACUGGUAAAUGGUCCGUCCGUCCGUCUGUCUGUCUGUCUGUCUGUCUGUCUUAAACCACUUCUGUCCGCUUAGAGAGAUGCAAGCUUUUUGAGUCCCACAGAGCUCUGCUUCAGGAAUUCUAUUGUUUGUUGGAUAUUUUCGCGACGGGGUGGGGUGGAAAUGUGGACACCUUUCUCCCUGCCAAAAGGCUUUUUUUUGAGGGGGGGCCCGCUCUCAGUCUCCAGGCAGCACAAUCUUGGUUUGGAAGGCAGGGGGUCAUAGCCAAGACCUACUUGGAAUAGACUCAUUGAAGUGAAUGAGCCUAUGUUUGUCAUAUCCAUUGAUUUUCGACGGGUCUGCUCGUGAGUAUCACCAGUACAAGGCAGGAGUUAGGAAGUGGUGGGUAGUCAGACAGUUGUUAGUACUGCUGUUGUUGAUUCUUAUACUGUAAGGGUGUAAAUCUUUGCAGAAUACAGGAGCAUAAAAGGUCCCUUUCCCCAAAGAGCUUACAACCUAAAAUUUGUCCACAGAAGAAAGACUUGGGGAGGCAUAAACAGGGGGAACCCCAUAUGAUUUAUUUCAGUUGCACAUACUUAGUUCUGGUAACAGGCACCAUUACAGGAGGGCAUUGGGGAUUAGAAGGCUGUACCAAAGGGUUCAUGGAAAAGGUGGGCUUUGUGAGAAUGGAUUUGGUGCAGGUAAGAAAGAGGGGUCGUAACAAUAACUUUUAAAAAUCACCAUCAGUAAUGUUGAUGAUGAAGACAGCCCCCUGUCCCUAGACUCUUAACAUAAGUGGCCAUAAUUUUUAAAGAUUGUUACUCUUAGGAGUUUCCUAAGCAAGGUAGCGGAAAUCCACUCUUGACUGAGGACCUCUUAGGAGCUGGAUGGAUUUGGUCUGUCAAAUAACCGGAUGGCUGUUGUAGGGAGUCUAUAUUGUGGACUUUAGUCCUCCAAUGCCAUAGCAUAUAGAUUAUAUGAUGGUGCUGCAAGUCCCAAGUGUAUGGCAAAAGACCACAGAACCUCCUAGGUUCAAUCCCAAGCAUAUCCAGGUAAGGAGAGAGAGAGACUCCCUGUCUGAAAUCCUUGAGAGCUGCUGCCAGUUGGUGUCAACAGUAUUGAGCUAGAUGGACCAAUGGGCUGACUCGCAAUGAGGACAUUUCUCAUGUACCUUUGUGUGUGUGUGUGUGUGUGUGUGUGUGAAUUAUAAAAUUUGCUAGGUUUUUUGUUUUGUUGGGUUGCAAACUUUCUAGAAUUAGUGUUCUUCUGAAUACAAAUAAAAUUUCAGCUAGAAAUUGGCAUGUGGGGUUCGCCUUCUAAACUUGAGGAAGUUAAGCCCCCUCAGGCUGAUUGUAGUAUAAUUGCAUUUAAUUCAGGCUAUCCAGUGCUUACUUCACUGAGUUCAGGGUCAUUUGCUGUUUGGUUGCUGACACUUCAAAAAUUUUUUUUUGUUUUUGUUUUGCUUUCUAUGUGGUUUUGUUUGCCCACUCAGUUGAGUGAUUGUGAUGGAUGGGUUUUGGACCAGAAGAGAGUUGGUCUUUUUCUGUGUUUCUUCCAACACCUAAUUAUGGAACCCACCAGCAUGAUGUUGUGAAGGCCACAAAUGGCUUUUUAAAGAUAGAAUAAUAAGGAUUACAGAGCCAUCCUAUGCAGAAAUAAAUCCCAUGGAGUUCAGUGGGACUUACUCCCAGAUGAAUGUGUAUACAAUUGCUGUUGUGAGGCCAUUUCACAGAGAGAUUUAUCCAUAGCUAUUAGGCUAUGGUAUCUAAAUUGAACCCUGGAAGCAGUAUACCUCUAAAUUUCAACUUAGGGAGGGAUGGCCAUCUUUGGGGUAGAAUACAGGACCAGACAGACCUUUGGUCUGAUACGGUGAGUCAUUUCUCAUAUUUCAAUGCGCCCAAAUAUCUAUAUUAUAUUAAUUAUUUUCUAACAGUACUCUGUAAAUGUGCAAAUCAUUCCCAAACCUCUGUAUAGCAUAUUCAUCUUCACAUUACCCAAUUUGGUCCAGUGUGGCUAAGGAAAGUGGAGAUGCUGCCGUGCGGAAGUCAAUCAAAUCCCACUCUGCUGCAGACACCAUUGUGUGGGCCCUGGGCAAAUCCCUCUCUCUAGACCUCAGUCCUCCAACCUGUAAAAUGGGAAUGAACAGUUAUCUGUCCCCUAACACAAGCUGUAAGGGCCUAGCUUUGUAAAAGGUUGUAAUAAUACAUUUUAGUCUUUCCACGCAGGUUGAGAUUAUCCCUUUUAUAUGGAUGGAAGCGUUGAGGCUGGCAGCUGCUCGCCCAGUGCAAAACAUGUUGGAUUCUGAGGGUUGUGCAUACAUACGUGUGCUGUUCUGCUUUCUGGUUUCCCAGAAGCAUUUGGUUGUCAACUUCUGGCCUAGAAGAGGUUCUGGUCUGAUACAACAGGGCUCUUUUAUGUUGUGUAUCAGCUUGUCCAGGUCCUUAGAUCUGGGGAAGAGGUCUUUCUCAUUGCCCCAUCACUAGGGGAUAUAUGUGGGGUGGUGACAUAGGAUGUGGGUUUCAUCUUCAUGGCACCCUGAGAGUGGAAUGCACUCGCCUCUGGAAAUACAGUGGGUGCCAGCAUUGUUGACAUUCCGGUGCCCUGUUUAAACCAGUCUCUUUGUCCCAGAUGCUGCAGGAUGCUAGUGCGUUGCUGUAACUGAUGGAGUUUUUAUGUUGGAAUUUUUAAUUCUAUUUUACAUGCACUCACUUUUGCUGGCUUCUUGUAAUAUUGUAAUCUGUUUUAGGGUUGUUUGAUGAAGAGCAGGUAAAUCAUUGUGCUUAAUUAACAGACAGACAGCUUAUUGGCUCUCUGGGGGGAAAGGUUCAACUUUUUAAAAUUCAGGAACAGGUUAUGAGUAUGAUGCCGUAGAGAUCUGUGUGACUCAGGGGAAGGCAGAAGCGAGAGAGCCCAGGUCAGGGUGUGCUUGUGCCAUCAGCUUCCAGCCCAGCCAGAAAGGACUCUGUCACAGUAAAUUUUAUCUCUGUUAUUAAAAUUGCAAACCAUUUUGGAUGCGUUGGCAGAAAGGCAGUAUACAAAUGCAACAAAACACAGACCUGUGAAACAUACAGAAAAGGGGAAAGUGACAUGACCCAGGUUGGAGCAUCUUUCUGAAGACAGAAGAUGAGAAGCUCUUGGUGACAAGACAACUACUGGGAGGAGAUCAGGGUAGAAUUGUAUAAAAUUUAAUUUGCAAGACAGACAGGCAAACUUGUUUUCAUCCCCUCUCUCUCCCAUAGGACUCACCCAGUGGAAAUAAUUAGCAGUCAGUUCAAGAUUGACAAACAGGGGUGUAUUUGUUCACUCAACUCAUAAUAAUUAAUGGAUGGGAUUCACACUCACAAGCUGCGGAGGUGGCCAGAAACCGAGGGGACAGUUUUCAAAUUUUGGAUUCGGCAGAUUAGUGAAUGGAGGUAGAGAAUUGUGAAAGCUGAACUGAACUUCCAGGUUCAAAGGCAGUCUAUCUCUGGGGCUGGAGGGGGGCACUGUUUUCACGCCUGACUUGAGCUUCCCAAAGACAACUGGCCGGCGGCUGUUAGAAAAACAGGACACUGUACAUGGGCAUUUAGUGUGGUGCAGCCAGUUCUUGGUGGUUUCAGCGUCUUUCAGUGCUGCAUGCCACAGACAGACACUCUGCAGCAGGAAGGAGAAGCAGCACCUGUUGGAUAGCUAGUCUGCUGUACUGCUGUUUUAAAGGCACAGACCUCCUUGCUUGUUUCAGCAGGAGCGCUGGAGAGCCCUGGGGACACAGAAAGAUAAUCCUGAGUCAGAUCAUUGGCCCCAGUGUUGUCUACACUGACUGGCAGCACCUCUCCAAUGUUUCAGGCAGGCAAUCUUUUUCAGGCCUGUCUGGAGAUGUUGGGGUUGGACCAGGGACCUUCUGCAUGCAAAGCAGAUUCUCCUCUACUGGGCUACAUCCCUUCUCUCUUGCUUGUGCUUUGGGGCUCCUCUUUUGGGGCAGGGUGUGCACUGUCUGUCCCCCCUCCCAGAUAUCUGGCCCUUGAUAUAGAUGUGGGCUUUUAUGCUCAAAAGCCGAAGGCCUGCUAUCUCUUUCGCCGUUCAGCCAGUAUUAUUAGCUGAUGCCCCGAGCAUGUUAUUUGCCUGACUGUGCUCUCCAGAUGUACUAUAAUUUAAACCAUGAUGUGCCUCUCUGACCCCCCCUCCCUUUCCGAAAGCAGCAUCCAAACAUUGGGAAGGGAGUUCAGGGUGGAGGGACGAGAUGGUGCUGUCCCAGCUUGGCUCCAUGGUGCUCUGAGCAAAAAGGGGGGAGAAAGGGGGUGAGGAGGCAGGGCCAGUUUUGGGAAAGGGGACUGCAGGUUGAGGGAGAGUGUGGCGGCGAUGGGGAAUAGAAGGAGAAGGGGGCCCCGGUUGUUUGGAAGAUCCUAAGUAAGAAACUAGUUGGAACUCCCGAAGACUGACAGCAGCAACGUCAGCAGAGGAGAGGGAGGGAGGGGCGGCAAGAAGGGUGGGCAGUCAAGACUCCAAACUGGCGCUCUCUCUUCCCUCUUCCCUCUCUCUCUCUCUCUCCCUUUCUCUCUCUCUCUCUCUCUCUUUUAUUUAAUGGAACAUUUUAAGAGGAGAUCUUAAAGGUACAAAACGAGAUCUAUGGGAAUAGACCAGCUUAGAAGGAACCAUCUCUCUCCAUUUGGGAUCCCCUCUCUCUGCGUAUUCUUUUCCCCCCGAAAAAUAAAAUAAAAAAGCAGAUUCAUUUUUUAAGGAUAUAGAACCAGAACCGGACUCUUUUUAAAUUAUCCUUUGGUGGUGGUUAUUUUGUAUGUUCGUGCGAGUUUUUCUUCUUCUUCAAAGGAUUUGGGAAAGGAAGGGUGAUUUCCCACCCCCACCCGUCUUUUUAACAAGGAUGCUGAUCCCUCUUGGAUGCUUUUGAUGAAGCAACAGCAGCGAAACUUCGCCAGACUUCUCGUUCCAGCAGCGUCAAGCCUCGAGCGAUUACUGUGAGUCAAGAGUUUCUCUCUCCACUCCCCCCCACCGCGCCGCAACACACACGCACACACACACACAUCGCAAAGUAAAGACCCCCAGCUAGGUUAAAAAGGGGGUGGUGGAUGGAGAGGGAGGGAGCAAACCAAAGGAAGUGUUUGCCACCUCGCCAGCGUUUUGCCAGGCACAGAGUGGGGGUGGGUGGAGGGAGAAGAGGAAGGACCAAGCUAGAAACUACAGGAAUGAAUUCACCACCACCAGUAGAAAAAGAGGGAGGGGAGACCUGCCAGGUUGGGUCCAGAUCAACAUUAUGUGCAGUUGUUGGGUUGCGCUUCAGCCAACCUCUCCUUUCUUAUAUGUACGUGCACGCGCGUCCCCUCCAAUUUGUGUUGAGCUUAUGUAUGUAUCCCCCAAACUCAUCACAGGGGCCUAUGUGAUGGCGAAUGCGUUUCCACUGCUGUUAUUUCUAGGGGAGGAGAGGAAUCGCCAAGGUUUGGGGAGGGAGCAUGAAUCUUUUGGGCAAGGUUCUGAAUGAAAAGAAAAUGGAGGGCGGGAAUGAAAUAAUUUUUUAAAAAAAAAUACACAUAUAAGUGGGUAUUAUAGCAUUCUAGGUUGAACAUUCUAAAAAAAAAAAGCUGCUAUCUAGAAUUUGUAAUGGAUUUGCCAAAACCACACACUCCCUAAUAAUUAUUUUUAAAGAUCCAGUGUAAGUUUUAUUUUUCAAAGUAUUUUUUUUCCUAUCACACUCUAGAUACUCUCACUUUAAUCUGAUGAUUUAUUUAUUUUUACCUGCCCAUCUUUGUUCAAAAGGAAGGCCCCUUGAGUUCAAUAGGACUCCCUGACUAGCAAGAUUCACAGCACUAGAUCACUCAUUCACUUGAUAAUUCGACCGCACAACUUUGCGUACCGGAAAACAAAAAGUACAGAGCUAAUGUUGCUAUAUAUCACAUUUCAAAAAAGUAAAUUAUCAUUUUGAAAGGCCUUUCCCCCCCCAAGAAGGCAUGUUCUAAUCAAAAAGAGUUCAAAGACCUGCAACUUUAUGCAAUAGAUGGAGAUCUUGGGAGGUGGGAAUAAAAACCCAUUUAGAAGCAGAAAGAGAAAGUAUUUUGAAAACGUUUCUUAAAAAAAAAAGAAAGACAAAAAAGACGACCAGAUCGAUUUGCCAACAUAGUAGUCGGAAAUUAGGGGCGUGUGUUUUUUUAUCCUUCAGGACUUUGUAACUCCCUCUAUACUCUAUAUAUGGCGAAUGCGCAUUUGCCAACAUCUCUGCCUUUACUUCGGGAACGUCACAGACUCCCGACGGAGGUGGAUUCGAAAGAAUAACACCUUAAACAUUAAUGCCACUAAUACAUAAAAGUUAUGGGGAGUGGCGCCUGCGUAGAAACGGUGUUCCUUCCACACCCUCGGCUUUGAACUUCAGACAACUCAUCUGAACCCGCGUUACCUUCGGGGCGGCGGGGAGGAGUUGGGGAAACUGGAUGUAAACAAAAGCGUCCGCGCUUUGGAGAGCGCUUGUUUGAGAAGUCUUUUUGAACCAAUGUGGCCAGGUUGAACCUCCUGUAGUACAGGAGGAGUAGGAAGGAAGGGGAAGACGACGUAGGAAGAAGUUUCCCCGGGAAUUUAAAAGAGUGUGUGCGCGUUGGGGCGGGGGAGAUGCGCCAGCCUCCGAUAUUAAACUACGCUUUAAACUUGGAAAGUUUAAACCCACUGAUUUCUGCAGAGCCUACAGUAAAAAAUCAACUUAAAAGAAACUGGCAGCGCUCCAAGUACAACUGGGGGAACUCACCUUAGAUUUCUAAUAUUCCGGGUGGGGGUGGGGGUCGAUCCUCCAAGUGGUGGCACUGAGUGGAAAUCUAGACACUUAAUCAAGCAUGGCCUACCCAUUUUAAAAAAAAGUAUGUCGUGGCUGUAGCUCUCCAACGGUUUGACUUCACCUCCAAAGCCGCGGUCUUCCCUUGUGUCCAGAGACAGACGGGUGCCUGCCAACCAACCAACCAACCAACCAACCAACCGGGUCCCCAUCCAACUUGAUCAUUAAUUCAAUCAAGAUCUAACAUGAUAAUAUUAACAGUAGCAACACAAAUGCAUUGUUUUUGUUGUCCUCAUAGGAUGAUUAGUUGCAAUAAUAUAAACGGCGCUGUUCUUAAAAUCAAGGAUGAUAAUUUUCCCUGGCCACGUUUUGCCCUUGAAGCAGCUUGUGUGUGAGAGAGCAAGGCCACCGCUAUGUUACAGACGGGGAAACUGAGGCCGAGAGAAAUCUGGCCAAGUCAAUGGUGGCCAGCUGGCAUUUGUUUUAUGAGUUGGAUUUCUGAAGCCAACCACACUACGUGAACUUACUCUGGAGUAAGUUAUUUAGAAGACGUAAAUCUCCGGCAUUUGCCCGUAAAUAAAUGUGCCUCGCGUUACACAGCUAAGGCGGAAUGUUUCUUUCACUCCGGUCUUUGGUCCCAAACUUGCAUGAAAUAUGUAACUUAUUUGAGAAUCAAACAGGCAUACGUUUUGGGGUGGAAUGAUACUUUCUUCCUCUCCCUCUAAUUAUUUUAAUAACAAAUAGCUUCCUAAUUCUAGGUGGCCUUCACCACGUAUGAGGAACCAAGUUGAACAUUUUCUUUUAAAAUAUCGAUGAUGAGACACACCCACCCACAAAACUUCUUCCUAUGUGUUUUGGUUUUUUUAAAAAUACGAGCAGUGUAUUUUAACUGCAAGUGUCACACACCUCAGCACCUUACAGACCGUCCUUUAAAAUAAGGGAACCUUGCACGCUGCCUAAAUGUCCCUGGUAGGCAUGUGGGUUUAGAAAGAUGCUGGACCGAGUUUCUUCCAGACUAAGUGCGUGUUGGGUUGCAGCUUAACAGGGCGCUCCGGCUCAUGUCAACUCAGAAGUAAGUCCUACUGGCGUCAGUGGGGCCUACUCCCAGAAAAGCAGAUUUGUAGUUAUAGCUGCGCCUAUAUGCACGCUCAUGCCUGAGAGUAAAUCCCACUGAACUCAACUGGGCUUAUUUGCGAGUAGACCUUUGUAGGGUUGCAUUGUAGGUAUCCCAAUAAAAGCGACCUCUCUGGGUGCCCUUUGAGCAGCAUGUUAGCUUUCCUCUUGAAAUAAACUGUUAAAAUCGCUUGGCUAAAUCUGUUUUUUAAAACAAACAAAUAUAGCCAGAAUCCUCCCUGUUUGUGUAAAUGUCAAGGCAUGCAUUAUAUAAAACUCCAACGCACCUACUUUUAAAAGGGGGUUGGGGGUUGGGCAAAGGGAAGUUUACUCUCUUCCGCUGUGCCGCCGUUUUUUUAAAAGCUGGCUUUAAAAAAAAGAGAUUUCAGGAUGGUGUGUAGAUAAAUGGUUCCUUUCCUUUAAGAAAAGGAAAACAAAAAGGAAAGUGCGUGUGUGGUUUUAAACGUGCUGGUGAUCGCGCCGCUCAGACGUCACCAGAGCGCCCCUUUUUAAGCCUAAGGCGUUUUGGACAAGCUAGACAUCCAGGGAGGCCUCAUUCCCCGAUCCCAAGCAGGCUUACUUGGGAGUAAAGCAUCAGCCUGGCCCAUCCACCCCCACCCUGCUUUCUGCGGACGUGAAAUGCUAUAUCCUCAGCAGCAGGUAGGCGCAGUCCCAGACGCGCCAUGGAGGGAGAUACUUGGAAACGAGCGCCAUUGAAUCCGGUGACUCUUGAACAGUGGGAGUAGGCAUGCAAAGAAGCUUUCCCGUUUGCAGCGCCGUCCUGGGCAAGUUGACCUGGAAGUAAGUCCCAAUAGACCCAGGAAAGUCGGGCAUAGAGUAGCGGAUAGGAUUGCAAGGGAUAUUGUAUGGGGGGAAGUGUGUGGGGGGAGGGGGAACGAUCCCAUUUAAGGCUGAGCAAUUCCUGGUGGUUUCCAUGCGCGCACCAGUGCCUCCUGCCCAUAGCGCCCAGACGUUCUCUCUGCCGCCUCCUAAUGUAUAUAUACUUACUAUAGGUACUUUUGCGUUCCUCCUAAGAGCACGUGAAUACUGUAGUGAGAUGACUAUGGUAGCGCCCUCAGCGUCCAGGCGGCGUUUUACAGUUUCCGGAGCCAACGCAGGUCGCUGCACGCGAGGCAAAUGCAGCCUGGUUUCUGACUAGGCCUCAUUCGCUUUACAGCUGCUCUGUUAUGUGAAGUAAAUCUCAGGCAGCCAGACUUUUUCGUUUCCAAAAUUCAGGUGCAUACAAUUAAGUAAACAAACUCCCUCCCCCACCCCCCGCUAAAAAAAUGAGGCUGCAGGGUCGUUUACCUGCAAUUUGACAUGCCACACAAGCGUAUGGAUGUUGAUCCGCAACAUUCCUUGCUGUGUUCAAAUGGGGCUUCUUUACAAGUAAAUGGUGCGUAAAACGUAAAGGUGGGAUUUGGGGGCAUAAACAACAAAAUCUACUAUUAUUUUAAAUUUCCAUGCCUUUGUAUUGCGGGAUACUUUCUCCCCCCCCUUUUUUUUUUUGGUCUGCACCCCGCCUCUUAAAACUGUUGAAACUGGGGGUGGGGGUGCGUAGCUGACUUGGUUCAAUGUUUGUAAAUUUGGAAGGAGAAACAGGGUUUUAGAAAAAGACAGAAGAUGGAGGUGAGGGUGAAGUUGUAAAGCCAGAAAACAACACUUAAGGGCAUGUGACAGGCAAAAGUGGGAUUUAUUUCACUGGGGGGCAAAGGCGAAAAGGCUCGUCGGAGGGAGGGAGAGCCGCGCCGCAGUCCUCCUAGAUGGGGCGUCGGGGAGAAAAGUCCAUACAACCCCAUCGAGUUCCCUUGGAUCCUGCAGAAAUAUCGCUGCGAGGAAAUGGCUGGGGCAGGACUAGAACCCAAAUUUGGUCGUGUUUGGUAGAAAUCACAACUGCGAGGCAACGCGUGAACAGAGCCUGCGCGUCGGCGGCCGCCUUAUUCAAUGCAUUUUUAGAGCGAUUUUAUACUGCUGUCAACUCCUACCAGUAUGAAUCACCCUGGUCAGUUACACUCGCUUAGUUUGUUUAUUCCGAGUGCUUGGUGUUGCGUCUCCCCCACAUCCCAAAGACUCGGGAAUGCUUACUAAACUUUGUAUAUGUGUGUGUGUGUGUUUUGAAUUAUAGCUCAAUUAAACGGUUGCAUUGCUUUUUAACUAACUCUCAAUUCAGGCUGCAACCCCUAUGCGCAGUUACUUCCGAAAUAAACAGGCAGAGCAUCGGAUUACGCUGCCUGAUCAUAGCAGGCAUGUUUACUUAGUCUAAGUCCCGCCGGCUGCUAAAUAUGGGGCAACCCUCUACCCGAGGUUUUGUUUAAGAACUUCACACUCUUGAAUGAUCCAAACACACACACAAGCCACCUUAAAGCGUGUUUUACCCAGAAGGACGCUCCCUCGAGUUUGGUAAGAUUUUUACUCCAGAGGAAACGCCCCCCCCCCGUUUAUAUUUGCAUUGUGAUUUAAAUUGGUGGGGUUUUGUUUUGUGAUUUAAAUUGGUGGGGAAACACAGCGGAUUUUGUGGCGGUGAGAACAACAGGGAGAGAGAGCGCAACAUGAAAGGCGUUCAAUAACCUGUUUUUAAAAGGGGGAUCUUCCUUAUUUACUCAGGAAUAAAUUGCUCUAAAUCAACAGGGCUUGGGUGUCUUGUGUUUACACAGGAGGCGUGAAUCAGUGGCCCAUCAGACACUUUAGGUAGCUUCUGGAUUGUACCCCCAUGACUGACACGUGACAGCCCCCCCAACCCAGAGGGCUACAUUUAUUUGAAAGUAAGAGUCACCUUGAUUUCAAUUGGACUUUCUUAUGAGAAAAGCCUACCGAGGUGUUGCUGUAAGCCGGUGAACUCACCUUCUCACGACGAGGGUGUCGUCUUGAAAGGAAGACAUGGCUAGCGCAUUUAAACUAAAAUCAGUAAAACCGUCUAGUAGACUCUUUUAAAUAAAUAGCUUGUUAGGGUAGACCGAAGUGAGGCAGCCUUUGUGCAUACUUACUCGAACUUGAUCCCCGUUGAACUCAAUGGGAUUUGUAGGAAAUUGUGCAUCAGAUUUAAAUCCGAGGUUACUUUGGGGGGGGGGAAGCGGAGGGGACGUAUUGUGCAUUCCUAUGAGGGGACGUAUUGUGCAUUCCUCUGAGAUCAGAGGGACUUAAUUCAGAGGUAAACGUGCGUAGGAUUCCGUCCCGGAAUCUGCAGGACCUUAUUCAAGUUCAUUCUGAAGUACGUAAAUCUCUCUUAAUCGGUGGGGUUUAGUUUAAGGUAAAACGGACCAAGGGGUUGCACGUAAGAUAACAAAGAUGUUAGAUAUGCGCUUCAAGCGGCCGUGUAAAGGAUAAAGUCGCAAGCAAAUAGAAUCCUCUGUGCGCUAUGCGUCCUCCCAGGUUACUCUAAGAAGAUUUUAGAGCCCUGAAGGAAGUCCUGUUGAGAGCUCAACGUGACUUCCUUCCAAGCAAAUAAAAUCCCGUGGUUGUUUACUCAUAAGUAAAACCUCCCGUGUUCAGAGGCGUACUCCCAGGCAUGGGAGCUUCUCCCAGGAAAAUGUGCAGUCUUGUGUGUGAGGAUUAACAAAAGUUACUCCAGGGUGUGAGUGGAAUCCUUUAAAAAAUGGAUUCUAAGCAAGCUCUCCAAAUGAAAUGAACACGCUUUGCUUCAAGGAAAGCAGGAUUUCCUCCCCACAAAUAAAAACAAAUCUGGAAGAGUGUUUGAUUUGAGCAGACACACACCUUGAUUGGGUCCUAAGGGUGGUAUCCAACUAAGUCACAUUCCACUGAAAGCACUGGACUUCACCAACUUUCAAGUCCAUUCAUUUCAGUGACUUUUUAACCCUAAAUUUACCACCUUAAUUUUCCAGUUUUGUGUAAGGAGAGGUCACAUUGGGUACAAAAUCAAAUCCCAUUGAAAUCUAUGCACAGUUAAUUUCCACAUAGGAUACCGCGUGCAAGUUUUAUUUUAGUGGGGCUGGAGUUUGAGGACAUCCUUCAAAGUGAGAUCACACACACGACUCACACGCAAAUGCAAUGGGUUCCUUGUAGUAAAGUUUAGUUACAUUUCAACAUACUGAUAGUACAUCACGUGUGAAUUGGGUCGGCUAAGCUUCUUAGUACCUUUAGCAUGCUACUGUCUAGGGAGUAUGCUUCACUGAAGAUGAUGGGAUUUGCUUCUGAGUAAAACAUGCCCAAGACUGCAUUUUGAGGAAGAUCAGGGUUACUUAGGAGCAAGUCACAUUGCAAUAAUUUUAUUCCACUUUUUACCAUGUACUUCUUGUUUUGCGUAGUUCACAUGUGGCCAGUAGUGCCUAAGCAUCCUUAAUCAGCAUUGGCUCUCAAGCUUAUUAUCAUCAUCUUUGGUCAGUUUUAUAAUAAGGGUGACUUGUAAGCAGCCUUGAAUUUUUGUUAGAAAGGCAAGAGAUAAAAAUGCUUAAAAUCAAUAAAAACAACACUAAAUAACAGUAAUAAAUAAAGCUGUGAUCCUGAGACUACUUAUCCCCACUGAAUUCAAUAGAACUUGCUUCUGAGUAGACAUGGCUAAGGAUUGCAGAGUGCAGUCCUUACCAUGUCCACUCAGGUGCAAGUCCUAUUGAAUCCAAAUGGGGCUUGCUUUCAGGUAAAUGGGGGCUAGGAUUCCAACCUCACUGAAAUAUACUUGAAGUGGGGUGUGUUUUAUUUAUUUUUAUUAUACCCAGCAGGGGUUAAUUUGAAGUAAAAGUUGCACAGGAUCAGAUCUGCAUUAAUGGUGCUGCUUGGGGAAUAGAAACAAUCCAUUUGUUUGUAAAUUUCAGCAUGGGAGUGAAAUUGAUCUGAUCUUUUUUUCAGGCUUAGCUUUUAUAUUGCACAUUUCAUUGUUAGAUUUUUGGGUGUCCCCACCCUGCCUCUAAUCUGCUUAGUAAAACUUGGGAGAAAAGCUGUCUGCCUCCCCUCACUGUAUUAUCUUUAUUGCUUUUUUCCCAGUGACUGUCGGAGUUAGGAGAAGGCAGGCCCUUUUAUCUUAACUAAGGCUCACCGUUAGGAUGUUUACACAGAACAUCUUUUCGUCUGUUUUUAGUAUUAUUACCAAAGUUUUAAAAUGGACUCCAGAUAAGGAGUUGGGGGUGGGAAGCAAUAUUGCAGCCUCCCGUUCCCCUGAAUCUAAUUUAAGUAAUGUUAUGAACGAGAACAUUUGCAUGCCUUUUUAUAUCUUUAGGCGCAAGGGAAAAACCUUGUCCAAUGGGGUUGACUAAUAGGGCUAGAUUUUUGCAUGUUAUACACAGAUGUAAGUAUCACUGAGUUUAAAUGAGUUUGCUUCCAAGUAAGCAUGCUAUAGGAAUACACUUGUAGGAUUUUUUUAAAAAAUGUAUCACAUAUGUGUUGCCUUGGUAUCCCAGCAGAUAGCAGGAACAAUAUGUAAAAUUACGUUAAAAUUAGAAUUAAGUCAGAUUUGUGGAUUGCCUGUAACUUUGUGGGACUCUCUAAAGAUCUUUAAAGCGGACAAGGCUAGCCCCUGAGGAGGUAUUUUCAUCUGGUGGGGAAUUAAGGGAGUUUUUCACAUGGAUUCUAAGUUCCAUUGAUCCCAGGGUAGAAUCAGGAGUAAGGGGCUUCAAACCCACUUGCUCAGAAAUAGAUUGUGAGGAAUGCAACCCAAUCCUGCACAUGCUUACUCUAAGGUAAACCGCCCUUAAGUUCAAUGAGACCUCCGAGGAAAUUUGCAUAUAGCUGUGCAGCUUUAACCUGAAGGAAAAUGAGUUUAGGUUUGGAAGGAUGAAGUCUCAUUCGCCAGAUUGAGAUGGGAAAAGGCGUUCGUAAAGAGAUCUGAUUGAUGUCCGCAAUAUUACUAUUUAUCCAUUAUGGGAAGCCUUCCCCAACAAAAUUAAAUCUUCCAGUGGCAGAAAAUAAUCACAUAUUUUCAUAACCAAGAGAAAAAGAUAAGAAUCUGAAUGUGCUGGGAAAGGUAGAAAAACUACCAGUCAGUCUCUUGCCAUUCAAAAAGUAAAUCUACUUAGGAGUAAAUUCCUUUGAUUUCAAUGCAGUUUACUUCUCAGUAAGCCUGGAAGCCUAAACAUGCAGAAGUAAGUGCCACUGAGUUCAAUGAGACUCGAAAGUUUACAGGUUUCAGUCAGCAUCACUGAAAAUUUUGCUGAAUUCAAUGGGACUUCUAAAUCAAUGUGCAUAGAUUUGCAGCCUCUUUUGGACUUAACUUUUGAGUAAACAUUCAUAGGCUCAAGCUCUAAAUGUGCUAAGGGGAGUAAGUCUGAACUGUGAGAAAAAAACCUGUAAGUAAACAUGCAGAGGAUUCUGUUACAUGAGAAAAGUGAUGCUCAAACUCACUUUCUAAGACUGCAGUCCUAACACACCCUGCUUUGUUACUCCUAAGUAAGCAUGCAUAGGAAUCUAGUUGCAUUUAGCAUACUUAAGCCAGAAUUUCUAACAGGCUCCAGUUUGAGACCCUCCCCUCCCCUUUUUCACUGGGAACAGCUGCAGCCCAGCUUAAGUAGUUUUUUUGGGCUAGCUGUGGGGAGUUUUUUUGGGGGGGGGGAGAGGAGGAGUCUUUCCUUCCUGCCUCUCUGCUGCUGCCCCUAACUUGAAUAUUGCCCUCAUAUGUUAACUCAAAGCUAGCCUAUCUGAAUGCCCUCUUGUAUUUGCUGUUUAGUCCCCAACACUACAGGAAAAAAAAUAUGCAGUCAAGGUGUAUCAUUUCUGAAUUUAUGUUCCUUAGCUUAGAAGACCUCUAUGUCUGUGACCCAGUUUGCUGGCAACUGGGGGUGUGGGAGAUGCUUUUAAAAAUAUCCUUCAAAGCCAAGGAACAAUUUGGGUACCCUCUUGGGAAUCAGGGGGAAAGGGAAUUUUAAAACUGUCCUUUCUUUAUAAUGCAGGACAAAAUUAGGAGAAUACGUAUAAAGUUGAAGGGCGAUGUGAAAGGAGGACCUCUUUUGCAUGUACUGUACAUGGUGCUUUUGCAUCUCGCAAUGCAGGUCUCACAAGUCUGAUAUCAUUCCCAAAGUCAAUUUGCCCAGAGAUAACAAUGGGACAAAAUAACCCGAGCCAUGGGCAGCAAUACUUCUCUCAAGCUACUUGAAACUCUCUUAAAAAUGGUUGGCUCUAGUCGAGCUAAACUUAAAUCCCGGUGACCAUACAAAAAUCAGUAGUAGGCAUGCUCGUCUGUUAGGAAAAAUCCAGAAGUUACAGCCAGGUAGUAUCUUAUUUUGAGGACCAACUAAAAUGCUGCAAAAAACCAAAUCAAAACCUGGAACAAAACAAGCAAGCUUUUGAGCUAUCCAGGACCCUUCUUCAACUGAACCAUAAGACUUGCUCACUAUUUUGUGGCAUUCUUUUCAACACCCCUACUAACCACAUUGCCUUUCUGUGGCUUUUGACUUUGUGGUAAUUAUUUUCUGCAUGAUGUUAAUAGCCUUAUCCUGUGCACAUUACUCAGUGGGACCCCCUAGUAAGUGUGCUUAGGAUUGUCGUGGAAGUCUCUCUGAAACCAAUAGAACAAGUUAAGAGUAACUAAAAUCUGGUUGCUUCCUUCAGUGGGAUUUAGUAAUGAUGACCAGCCUUAGCCGGCUGGCAACUUUUAAUCUGUCUCCAAAUUUGGGAAGAGGCAGGGACAGGCAUAGGCAAACUCGGCCCUCCAGAUGUUUUGGGACCACAACUCUCAUCAUCCCUAGCUAACAGGACCAGUGGUCAGGGAUGAUGGGAGUUGUAGUCCCAAAACAUCUGGAGGGCUGAGUUUGCCUAUGCCUGGGCAGGGAGAUCUGUAGAAAAACAAUAGACUUGGUAAAAUUUGGGAGGGUUUUUAAAAAAUUGGUUAAAUCUGCUGUGCUGUUAACGGUAGUAUGAUCUAAAGGCAUAACCAGGUAAUCAUGUGCAUCUCCAUGGUUGUGGAAACCUUCGCCUUGUACUUGCUGUUAAAAGAGCAAGGCCAAGUCAUUUUUUUCUGGUUAGUUGGCAAUCCUAAGUGGAAGAGAGGUGAAAAAUGGGGUCCAUUUCUUUACGUUCCCAAGAACAGCCACUGGUAUUCAGUUCAUAUGGGUCACCUCCUGAAGCUGUUAAAAAUAAAUAAUUCCCAGACUGAAAAGAGAUAUUAUUGUACAGCAAGUGCAAUAAUAGAAUCAACACAGUUCAUGUAUUUAAAGAGAGGGGAGAAAGGUAUUUCCAAGGAGAUGUUAGAGGCUCAACAACACACACACCAGGUCUUCUGCUUUCCUCAAACCAAAGAGCAUCUCUCCCUACCAUAUAAUACUGCCGCUGAAGUUUUUCUUGAAAAACAGCUUAUGUUCAGCCAGCGUGCAUUGAUACAGAAAACGGAGGAAAAGUCCUGGAAUUAUAAAGUUUUAAGGGGGAAUCGGUAUCGCCAAUGGGUGGGUAAUGAUGCGUCUCUGUAACUCUAACAGCUUUUCUUUAAAAACACCACUACCACAUUUUAUGCUAUCUAAAUUUGAAUUUGGGGGAGGAAAAAAAAUGACAUUGUUUGUUAGAAUUUUGGUCUCUUGAACUUCCAAAGUAUUUGAAUUGGGGGUGGGGGUGGGGGAGAAAUCUCAAGGGCCAUUAUGAAAGAAGUUGCAAGAACUUAGUAAAAGACACAAAGAUAAAAAGCUAUGUGUUGGCUCACUCUGGGGCCUACGGCUUAUAUCCAUUAGGGAGUCUAGCCACUUCUGUUCCAUGAGAUUAGACUGAGCGAGUUCCCAACUGGCUUUGAACCAAAAUGAAUUUGGAUACAAUGUGAACCAAACUCUCUCUCUCUCUCUCUCUCUCUCUCUGUGUGUGUGUGUGUGUGUUGAGGAUGCAUGGGUAAAUGAUGUCAUUUUCUUUGGAAGCCUAUCCCAGUCUUUAAUACCUCGGCCCCCAUCCCACAAACCUUCACUUUCUCUUCCCUGGUGUUUACCUAAGAGUCUCAUAAUGUUAUUAUGUAUUAGAUGGAAGCCCCAUUGAUUUCAGUGGGACUUUACUAUUGUAUCGCUGUGUGAAAGGUGACCCCCCCCAAAAAAAUAUCUAGCGCAAUAUUCUUCCAACUAUAUUCCUUCUGGGAUAAAACUGAGGUUCUUCAGCAGCUCAGCAAGGGUUCCUCAGUGAGAAGACCAGGCUUCCCAACAUCUCUAGUGAGGUCUGAUAGCGUUGGUUGGAGUGGUGAGUAAAAUUAGAGUAUGCCCCAAAAUCCUUUGCAACAACUGCAGGGUGGUGGGGGGAUACAUCAGGAGCACAGGGACGUAGGAAGUUGCCGCAGACUGUCAGACCACUCUUCCAAUCCAAUUCAGAAUUGCUGCUCCAGGAAUAAGGAACCUGUGGCUCCUCCCAGAUGGAUUGCAGCUCCCACCAGUCCCAUUCAACACAGUUCAUCAUCAGGGAUGUUGGAAGCUGGAGUCCAGCAACAUCUGGUAGGGCACAGUUUCUCCAUCCCUGGUCUCUGCUGGUCUCUGCUGACGGAUGGUGGCUUUCCUGGAGUUCAGACAUGUGUCUUUUCCUACUGGAGAUACCCACCUGGCCUUUGUGGCAUGCAGUAGUCAAGUAGACAUGCAAUGGGUUUGCCUUUCUUUCUUUCUUUCUUUCUUUCUUUCUUUCUUUCUUUCUUUCUUUCUACAUCUAUACCUAGUGGGGGUAUAGGGUGCUAAACAGACUCCUACUAGCUAAUGUGGUCCAAAUAACCUAGGUGUUGGGAUUUAGAGCAGGCAGACAAGGUUCCAAGGGCACAAAAGUGAUGGGGUGGUGCAAGGGAAGGAAGGAUGAGUCUGUUUAGCAGCCAAACACUUUGCCAGGCCACUAGAAACAGAUGCGUGGGCCAAAUGUGACCCGUGGACCAUGGGUUCACCACCGCUGCUCUAUCCCGCACAGAGGAGUUCUUCAGACCAGGGGAACCCAAGCUAGAAGCAGCAGCUAUACAGUAUAGGGCCACCUCUUGGUUCUCGGCCUGAUCAAGCUGCAGUAUGUAGCUCUUAUGUAGAGCAUCUGCUUUGCAUCCUGGAUAUCCUAGGUUCAAUCCCUGGUACCCCCAGGUAGAGUUAGGAAUAUUCGUGUCUGAACUCUUGGAGAGCUGUGGCUGCUGAUCAGUGUAGACAGUGUUCAAUGACCAGUGGUCUGACUUGCGUAUAAGGAAGUUUCUAGUGUGUUUAUGUACCUGUAUACCAUGGGACGCGGGUGGUGCUGUGGGUUAAACCACAGAGUCUAGGACUUGCUGAUCAGAAGGCUGGUGGUUUGAAUGCCUGCGACGGGGUGAGCUCCUGUUGCUUGGUCCCUGCUCCUGCCAACCUAGCAGUUCGAAAGCACGUCAAAGUGCAAGUAGGUAAAUAGGUCCCGCUCCGGCGGGAAGGUAAACAGCGUUUCCGUGCGCUGCUCUGGUUCGCCAGAAGCGGCUUAGUCAUGCUGGCCACAUGACCCGGAAGCUGUACACCAGCUCCCUCGGCUAGUAAAACGAGAUGAGCGCCGCAACCCCUAUUGGUCAGGGGUCCCUUUACCUUUACCUAUACAAUGUUAGCUGCUGGGAAUCACAAGUUACGAGAGUGCUGCUGUCCAGCUUGUGGGUUUCCUAUGAGGGCCGCUGUAAGAAGAAAAUGCUGGGCUUGAUGGGCCUUUGGCUCAGACCCUUCUGAUGUUUUUGUGGCUGAACACAUUUGCUCACUUACGAUGUUUGGUCAGUCUCCUGUGCUGUUUGUUCCUGCCUCACUUUUAACACCAUGUGGUUAGGAUCAUAGUCUGAAGCUGCAUUCUUAAGUAUACUUUAGCUAUACUAUGUUGGGGGUGAGUGAGCUGGUAGUUAGGAGAGGGCAUUCAUAUGUGCAAGCCCAUCCCUUCUUCAUAUGUAGCACCAAGCAACAAAUCUUGUGUGAAGGGCUGCAACUCAGUGACAGGCCUCGGGUUCAACCCCAGCAUCUCUAGGUAGUGCAAGACCCCUGGUCUGGAACCCUAGCGAGAGCUGCUGCCAGUCAGUGUAAACAAUAUUGAACAAGAUGGACCAAUAGUCUAUUUCAAUAUAAGGCAGGUCUUUGUGUUGCUAUGAAUGAAUGGCAAUGGAUCAAGACAUUGAAUUUUAGAAUUUCAGAGUUGGAAGGAGGUAUUGAAGACUAUUUAGUCCAAUCCCCUUGUUCUGUUCAGGAAUCUUGCCACUACAAAACUGGCCAGUCAGACUCAACAAACAAAGCCGUCCUAUGCCACUGGUCUGCCUGGCUUAGUAUUGUCCCUACACUGACUGGCAGUGUCUCUCCUGGGUUCCUGAUAGGGGACGUUGCCAUCCCUACCCAAAGAUGCUGAGGAUUGAACCCAGGACCUUCUACACACAAGGCAUCUGCUUUGCUGCUGAGCUACAUCUCUUCUCAUAUUCUGCUCAUCCAGGGCCUGGAGCAGCUUAAUUAAUAAAUGUAUUAUGCAACAAACCCCAAAAUACCACAUUAAAAACAAUGCAGCAAGGAGCAACAGUAAGGCAAGCAAUCAGCUUUUGGUUUUGCUUGGGUUAGAAUGAGGGAUUGGGGAGAAAUUCAUUUGGUUCACUUUUUAAUGCAAACGCUUCUCAUUUGUGCUUCCAAUGCACAUACCGAAAUGCAGCUAUACUUAGAAAGUUGCACGUCUCCCUAUUUUUUGAUGCAGUCCUCCAAUCAUUUUUUUCCCCUUUACAGGAAAAGCACAUGUUGGGGAAGACUGUGCACAAAACUAUAUAUCAGUGAAAAUAAUGUAUAAAAAUGCAUUACUGCCUUGGGAAAUUGGUUGCAGAAAAAUGUGCAUUAGGAGAAAUGCCUUUGCAAAAUGCGUAUCGAUUUUCAUGCAGAAUUUAUUAUUAUUAUUUUAAUUUUUAAAAAGGCACGCUGGCAAGCUGAUGUGGAAUUGGGACAAACUGAUUAUAAGAUUGGAAAAACGAGAAACCAAAAUUGAUGGAUCCUAGCUAGAACUGGACCUUGGGAAUUUGUGGUUUAAAUAGAGGUGCCAAACCUCAAGCCUUUCUGGAUGGAGUUAAGAUUAAUUUAUGCCAAAUGGGAUCCUCAAGCUGUCAGUGGUCAUGUCUGGGAAACUCUUCCCUCUCAUAGAGUCUGACCUGACUCGCAAGCAACCCACCAUGCUUGGCAAAGGCCACCAGCCAUGUAUGGUUUAGAAUCAUGGAACUGCAAAGGUCCUCUAGUCCUGCAAUGCAGGAAUCUUCACUAAAGCAUCCAUGACAGAUGGCCAGCCAACCUCUGCUUAAAAAGCUGCAAUGAAGAAGAGGCCACCUCCUUCUGAGGGAGUCUAUUCCACUGUCGAACAGCUCUUACUGUAAGAAAGUUUUUCCUGGUUUUCAGUCAGAACCUCCUUUCUUGUAACUUGAAGCCGUUGGUUCGGGUCCUACCCCAUGGAGCAGGAGCAAACAAGCUUGCUCCAUUCUCCAUGUGACAGCCCCUCUAAGUCUCCUCUUCAACAAUCUAAACAUAUCAAAUUCCCAUAGCCGUUCCUCAUAAGGCUUGGCUUCCAGACCCUUGAUCAUCUUGGUUGUCCUCUGCAUAUGUUCCAGCUUGUCAAUAUCCUUUAUAAAUUAUGAUGCCCAGAACUGGACACAGGACUCCACGUGGGGUCUGACCAAGGCAGAAUAUAGCAGGAUUAUUACUUCCCUUGAUCUGGAAACUAAUCUGUUGCUGCAGCCUGGAAUAGCAUUAGGGUUUGUUGUUUUGCUGCUGCAUCACACUGUUGAUUCAUAUUAUGCUUGUGGUCUAUUAAGACCCCAACAACCUUUUCACAUGGACCACUGGAAAGCCAGGUGUUCCCCAUCUUAUAUUUGUGUAGCUGGUUAUUCCCGCCUAAGUGUAGAACCUUGCAUUUGUCCCUAUUAAAAUUCAUUUUGUUUUAGCCCAGUUCUCCAGUCUGUUAAGGUCAUCUUGAAUCCUGAUUCUGUCUUCACCAGCAAUGGCCACCCCUCCCUGUUUGGCAUCACCUGCAGAUUUGAUGAACAUAAUAAUAAUAAUAAUAAUAAUUAAUAAUAAUAUUUAUACUCCACCCAUCUGGCUGGGUUUCCUCAAUACCUUCAUCCAAGUCCUUUGUAAAGAUGUUGAACAAUAACGGGCCCAAGACAGAACCCUGUGGCACCCGACUUGUCACCCUUUUUAGCAUGAUGAGGAACUGUUAGUGAGCACUCUUUGGGUUGGGUCAGUCAACCUGCUACAAAUCCACCUAACAGUUACCUUGUCCAGCCCACAUUUUACCAGCUUCUUCACAAGAAUAUCAUGAGGGACGUUGUCAAAGGUCUUACUGAAAUCAAGAUAUAUUAUGCCCACAGCAUUCCCCUGAUCCACCAAGCUUGUAACUCUAUCAAAAAAAAGAAUUGAGAUUCAUCUGGCAUGACUUGUUUUUGAGAAAGAAACCCAUGCCCACUAGGUAUUUUGAGUUUGGGCUUGUAUGAACAGGGGUGGAUGAGUGCUGGUUGACAAGUACCUGACUGGCUAUAAAACAUGUCUAGUUUGUGGAGUUACACAUUGCAGAGACCUGCCCUUAUACCAGGUUGUGUGGUGGAUGUGGCUGAACUGUGGCUUUUGAAGUGAAGGUGUUUGUUCACAAACUCUUUUCUUCAUCAGUAUCAGGGCUGUAUUCACCUAUUUACAUUUAAGGCCUACCUAAACUAUAGACUUUGGGAAUGGGAACCCCCCGCCACAAUUGCCAUUCUUUGGGAUUGAGUGCUGGUGUCACCACUUUCCCACUUUCCCUCUCUUCCUCCACUUCAUUAGCCCUCAGCCUGGGUUCCUUGUUGAGUAAAGUUGGGCACGAUCUCAGAAAUAAGGCGAGAUUAAUGAUGAUUCUAAUUCAUUCUAUGGAUUUGGGCUCCAGUUUCACUGAAGCCACAUCUAUGGUUUUGUUCUGUGGAAUUUUCCCUGCAUAAAAAGGUCUGUCCAAAAUUCUUCUCGACUCAGGAGAGAGUGACCGUUCCUGUAACACCGGAAAAGACCGCCAUGUUUUUCAUGUUGAGGAAAAUGUGAUGCUGGCAAGACUAGCGUGGGAAUAGAAUAUUCUUCAUACUGCUGAAGAGUUUAGAGAUGAGACAAGAUAAAAGAGGGCAGAAGGAAACAAACUCAGCGGCAGAACAAAGUUCAUUAAUUUUGAACCAAUUCAGAUGUUAUGGUUUCUACCAAAUAGCCCACCAAGCUCUGCAUUUCUUCAUUUGAGAUCCUACACCUGCUUCAUAUAUGGGUUCCUUGUUUUAAAACCAGGGUCAGAUUAUAUAUAUAUAUAUAUAUAAAUAUAUAUAUAUAUAUAUAUAUAUAUAUAAAUAUAUAUAAUAUUUGUCUGUUUAUUGUGGGCAGAUCUUUCAUAGGAUAGAGAGCCGACUUUGACAGAUGCAAUAAUCUGAAAUAAGGCUUAAUUAUUGAUGAUACAGGAAUAAAAAAAACUUGGUCUCAGAAAAGUGGGUUUUGAUGAUUGUAAUGUUCACCUUAAAUAGGACAUGAGAAUUGUGACCCUGUGAGUUCUUAUCUAGGUGAGAUUUUUAAUAUAUAAGGAAGGUCAGCUCCUCUCUCCUUGCAGAUGUUGGGAGCCCUGGGAAAAUGACAUUUCCCAGUAUGUUGCUUGCAUGUGGCUUGCAGCUGCAGCAACCUGGUGCCAGAAGGAGUGGGAAACUUUCCUUCCUCUGCUGCUGGUGGAGUUACAGCAACAAGGUGGGAGAAUGUGGGCAGCUGAGACUCGAUUGUGCUCUUGAUGACAUUCAGGGGAUACAACAGGGUCUGAUCUGGUUCAAAAUUGGGCUUGGAAUUAACUGAGCUGUUUAUUUUUUAUGGGGAAAUUGUUCCGUUUUCUCCCCCUAAUUAUGAGCCUAAGUGGGGAGGUGUUUCAUUUAAGGUUCCACAGGGGUCUCUAUUGUCUACAACAGAGAUUCCCCAUCCUGACUGUAGGGAAACAAACCUUUGGAGCUAUAUGGAAUAAUAACAACAACAACAACAACAACAACAAUAAUUUAUACCCCACCCAUCUGGCUCUGUUUCGCCAGCCACUCUGGGUGGCUUCCAACAGAAUAUUAAAAUACAAUAAUCUAUUAAACAUUAAAUGCUUCCCUAAACAGGGCUGCCUUCAGGUGUCUUCUAAAAGUCUGGAAUAUUCACUUGUGGAAUUUGAGAGGAAAUUACUUAACUGACUGAAAACCCCUUAUUUGCUUUUUUUUUUUUAGGAAAUGCUCCAGGAGAAAAGUUUGUCUGAGCCGGAGGAUGGAUUUGCUGCACCCCAGGCCCCUGGCCAUUCUGAAACCACAACGGGUUCCCCUGUUCUGGGUGUAGCGGGAGUCAGCAGUACGCCUCUGAACAGCCCCCAGGGUCCAGAUCCAGAGCAGGUAUGCAGCAUGUUUAAAUGAGUCUGUUUAGGCAUGGUGUGGAGAAAGUGGAUAGAGGGAGGUUUCCCCCCUCCUCUCAUAAUACAGUGGUACCUUGGUUGUCGAACGGCUUGGCUCCUGAACAAAUCGGCUCCCGAACGCCGCAAACCCAGAAGUGUGUGUUCCAGUUUGCGAACGUUUUUUGGAAGCCGGACGUACGAUGCGGCUUCCGAUUGAGUGCAGGAAGCUCCUGCAGCCAAUCGGAGGCCACGCCAUGGUUCCAGGAGUUGAACGGACUCCCGGAACAGAUUAAGUUCAACAACCAAAAUACCACUGUACUAGAAUUCACACCCACACAAUGAUUUCUGACAGAUUCAGGACAGGCAAAAGGAGAGUCCUUCACACUGGGCGCAAUUAAACUAUGGCUCUGCUCCAAUAGGAGGAAAUUAUAGCCACCAACUUGUAUGGCUUCAAAAGAGGAUUAGACAAAUUCACGGAGGAUAAAGGUAUCAGUGGCUACUAGCCAAUGUGUCUAUGUUCUGCUUCCGUGGUUGGGAGGCAAUAUGCCUCUGAAUACCUGUUGCUGGAAAACACAGGAAGGGAAAGAGUUCUGUGUCACCCGGGUCCUGUCUGCAGGCUUCCCAUGGGCAUCUGGCUGGGCACUGUGUGAAAAAAAGGUUUGGACUAGACGGGCCUUUGGCCUGAUCCAGCAGGGCUCAUGCUUCUAAAGAUCAUGCUUGACACCCUUCCCUGAUAUAAUCAGCUCCCGAUUGUAUUUGGUUUUGUCUGCUUAAAGCAGUAGUUCCGAAACACAAAUGUAGUUGUUAGUCUCCUGUGCACCAAAAUUGCCUUCCCAAUGGAGGAGGCUGCCCUGUAGUAUCUCUGCAUAACUUAAUGCUCUGUGGCUGCUUCUGCUCGGCCUCUGUUGGAGGUAAGGAAUUCCACGGUGUCUGUUUUAAGUGUGAUUAGCUCAUUGGGUCGUUCCAGUGCAGAGGCUCCAAAGAAUGGUUCUCCUUCAGAGAUGGUCACAUGUUGGUUCUCUACACGAGUGAGAGCUUUGUGCUUGCUGCUUUCCUCCAAUGAGCCUCUAUUGAUGGCAGGCCGUUUCGUUGCAGUUCUGCAUUGGGUGUGGAUCGCUCCAUCACUCCCAGUGUAGAGAUGUGGCAGAACGGUUGGUCCUCAGAGGAGGCUGCCUGUUGCUUCUCUGCAUGUUCUGGGCUUAGAUCUUUUGAAUGAGAAGGCACACCCAUAAUAGAGACCUGUACAGAAACACUGGGUAUUAAAAUCUCCUCUAUGGACAAUUCUUAGGGGUCAUAAUAUAUUUAUUUAUUGUGUUUAUAUCCGACCUUUCCUCCAAGCAGCUGACAGUGCCACACACCAUUAUCCGCCAUUCAUUUUAUCAUCACAUCAACCCUAAUACAGUGGUACCUCUGUUUACGAACGCUUCUGGUUACAGACGCUUCAGGUUACGAGCUCCGCUAACCCGGAAGUAGCUGCUCCUGGUUGUGAACUUUGCCCCAGGAUGUGAACGGAAAUUGCACGCCAGAGGCCACAUUAGCGAAAGCACGCCUCAGGAUAAGAACGGUUGCAGCCUAAGAACAGACCUCUGGAAUGAAUUAAGUUCGUAACCAGAGGUACCACUGUAGUCAGGUUAUAGUUUGAGAUAUAUGGGGACAAGGUCCAUGGUCACCCAAGUGUGCUGCAUGGCUGAGAGGGAAUUUGAACACAGGUCCCCCUUCCCCCCUCCAGGUUUAACACACUUAACUCACUGUACUGGCUCCCAGGAUUUACAAGAAUGGAGUAUUUUUAAUUCACUUUUUUUUGGGGGGGGGGCAAACCCUGGCUUAAAAACCUGCACCAUCUUCCUUGUUUUUGUUUGAUUUUAACCAUGUGGUUUGUUUGCUAACCUUCCUAGAAAAAAAAGUUCUGACCACACAGUAGUAUUAUAUGCCAAAUUAUUUAUUGUAAUCACAUUUUUUGGGUUGUUGGUUUUGUUUUUUUCUUUAAAAAGAGAGUUAUAGAUCCUGCCAUUUUUAUGCAAUAAUUAAAUGUAAUUGUGUACCUUUCUGCCAAAAGGGGGAGAAAGAUUGUAAAUUUCCUUGCAAAUCCACCCUGGCUCCUGAUUGGCUAAAUCUGUUUAGUAAGUGUGUUUUUAUAAAGUGUUGACAACUUUCCUGAAUCAGAAUUAUAACCAGUCGUAUAAUAAUAAAGCUGAGAGGUGAAACUGAGAGGGAGCCUGCAUUUGCUCCAGAAAUUAUAUUUUAAAAAAUCCCAAACCAGUUGUGUUAUAAAUUCAACAUGCAUUUAAGUAAUAACAAUUAUGCCUCAAGCCCUGAAGCUCAGUUUUAACUCUUGUUUGCUCUGAUGAUUGAUAGCUGAUUAUUUGGGGAGGGAGGGGGAGGAAAAGCAAAAGACAAAUUACCAGCAGAUUAUGAAAAGUCAAAGAAAAUUGAUCUUAAAGUAAAAUACAAGUCACCAGCCAUUAAAUGGAGGGAAAUGCAGAUUUCAGUGAAGUCAACCAAUGAGAGGCUUCUUUUGGUCUUUGGUCCAUCUAGUCAGCUGAUUAGAUCUGCUUAGUGACUCUAUAGGUGGCCUCAGGUUGAGCCUCUAUCCUCACAACCUCAAGCUUUCCUACCUACCUGAAAAGGUAACUAAGCCUCACUUAAUGUAGUUGGACUUUUCAGUAAACAUGUGCAAACUGUAUAGGCACUUGCUUUUAAUUCCAAGAGAUAUUCUUAAAGGUGUGAAUUUUGUAAAAAAUUAUUAGAAAGGACCACAGACACCUCUUUUACCCCAGGCCAGACUAUUUUGCCCAUCUAACUCAAGUUUUGUCUGCCCUGAUUGGAAGCUCUCCAGGGUCUCUCAUUCAGAAGUCUGUUCCAUCAGCUGCUACCUGAUGCUUAAAGUACAUAAAUAACAAUAAAUGAAAACAGGGAGUGAUAGGAACCGAACCAAGGAACUUCUGUAUGCAGUGCUUAAAAUGGCACUGACGGCAGGCGAAAUUAUAGACAUAGGGGUAAGCAGGGAAGCUUGUAGAAACAGUGGACUCGGUACUGUGGGAUCUUCUCAUUGCCACAAGCUUGCAGUGGUUGAAACAGUCUGAUGGUCACAUCUUGAUGUGACACAAGGACAUUUGCUGUGAACUUAUGACGAUGACUGUGGGGCCACGUGUGCAAACCUAUCCUCCAGCCUCUGUCUUCACACCAGAGCGCUUCUCGUGUUGAGUUGAUGCACUUAACCCCCCCCCCCCCGCUGCCACUUCAAACUGUCCCAUGAGCAGAAAGGUCAGGAAUGGAGUGGGUGGGACUGCAUGUGUCGAGCUGGGGUUGGCAUGCACAGCCCCACACCCUCUACCUCAGGGGUGGGGAACCUCUGAUUUGUGGGUAUAAUUAGGUCCUCCUAUGCCUCCCAUUUGGCCAUUUCAGCGAAGCCACACCCACCAACCUUACAUAUAGGAACCAGGUGUGGGGCGGAUUAAGACCAGGCUCAGCCUAAAGAGCUUUGCAGGCAUGACUGAUCAGCUGAUGUGUGGCUCCUGCACAGGGCUUUGCUAGACUCAAGGAACAGCUGAGCCUGCAUGAUUUGGGAGUAAUUCCAGAGCAGUCAGCCGGGUAGCCUGGCCUUUAGUUCACAACAAAAUCCAGUUUUGUUUCUUCUCUUUACUGCUUGGUCUGGCCUAACCGACGUUCCUCAGUAGCUGUGUUUUGUUUGACUUUUCUCAGUUUAUGUUUUUGUGGCUUUCUCACUUCUUCUUUAUUUGUUUGAUUGGCUUGUUGAAGACCAUUGAGAACAUCAAGGUGUACCUGCAUGAGAAAGAACUAUGGAAGAAAUUUCACGAAGCUGGCACAGAAAUGAUCAUUACUAAAGCUGGAAGGUAGGUUUCUAAAAUCCUGUCAUUUUUAAAUGUUGCUUUUAAAUGUGUGUGUGUGUCCUUUGUCUGUAUGUGUUCUAUUUAGUUGAGCUCUGGAUCCUUGCGCCAAUGACCUCUUUGAAAUUCUCCACUAUAAUUGCAGGUAGAGGAUUCUAUUCAAUGUUAGUCCUGCUCAGAGUAGAUCAAUUGAAAUGAGUGAACCUGACCUAACUUGGGUCCAUUAAUCUCAAUGGGUUGACUGAGGAUGACUAACACUGGAGAAAGCCCAGACAUUGUGGGGGAGAGGCAGGGGUGUGGUGGUCUGGGGCUAUGGUGGGUUGAAAAUCCGUUGCUAUUUCUGCAGGAGAACAUCAACCCCAUUCACGGGAUUCAUUUCCAUUCCAAACAUGGGAUGUAUAAGUGAACAUUGGCAAUUUUCACUCUUGUUUCCAUUUUCAUCAGGAUUCUCCCAAUAUCUGUACAACCAGGGGCAAUACAUCAACCUGGUACCAAAUAGAUUACCAUCCUAAUUCUUGCCCCUGGUGGUCACAAGCCUUGAUUAUCCAUAUUCACUAUGGACGCUCCUUGUUUGAUUUUACUUGUUCAAAUAACACCAAGGAUUGUCCAUGGUGGAUUUGGAUAAUCAGGGCUUCUCCAACUUGUUUGGUGAACUGAUGAGGUGGAAAAGAGAAGCGAUCGUGGUUGAUUUUUAAAGAUUGGGGGUGUGAUACAAGGGAGGACUUUUGUGUCCCAGCAGCUACAAUCAGCUUUGGAAACGUUAUUCUUUCCCUCCCCUUUGAAUGCAUUAGAACGAGGCCAGCCCUAUAAAUUACCAUCAAUUUAUUGCUAGCGUCUACGUACUAGGUUCAUUACUCCCUUGUAGGCUUGAUCUGCGGGGGGAUGUUGAAAAAGCAGAGCAACUUCCACGCUGCAAAUGGGCACGCCGUUGUUGCCAAGAGCCUGUGAUUUAUAAAGUGGAAACAUCUUUAAAAUGCACUCGCUAUCUUUUCAACGUUGGACUGUUUUUGUUACAGAAGGUGGGGCGGGGAAACUCAGAGCGAUUAUUUCAUAUUAUAAGGGGAAUCAUCAAAAGAUUAAACAAAAAGAAGUUUAUGUUAACCAAGUUCCCUGAACUUUGCAUAAAAUGGGUUGACUCCUUCAUGGAUAAAAUAUGGUGUGUAGAAGUAUACAAGGCUUUGAACAUCGCAGUGCAUAAAUCUGUGUGUUUUUCCAGUUCCAGAGUUUUAUUAUGACUUUAUUUUGGCAUGCAGAAUAUCUUCUACUUCUUCUUCUUUUUAAAAAAGAGUUAAUUGGAAAUUAUGCAUUAGAUGCAAACUCCAAAAAGCAGAAUUUGCUGGCAAUUUCUCUUGUGCUGAUCUUAUCAAAGUUAAACAAUGAACUUGUAUUUAAAACACCUUUCUGAGUGGUUUUGCCCUUCUUUUGUUGGCAAAAUCAGGCCGCUGGUCUAGAUCAGUGUCAUCGGACAUGGCAAGGCUAUUCAGGGCCCCGAAUCCCAGAGGGGGCCCGAAAUCAAUAUUCGUCCACAUUGCUUAAAAGAAUUGGGUCCAGUAGAUGCAAUUUGAGUUCCAUGACUCAAAUCAUUAAUUUAUGGUGGUAUCUAUUUCGAAAAUCCUUAAGUUUGAUUGUCAGUGGUGCAGGUGUUGCAAAGGUGGAGCACCGCAGCAAGUUGACUGUUCUGCUGAAGAGCGUUUAAAUUAUUUCUACAUAUUGUCUCCAGAAAAUGACAUUGCAAAGAAGCUCUCUGUUAACGAAGCUGGAUGUGAAUAAGGCAGCAGGGGUUAUCAAGACCUCAUUGCUGAUUGCCAAUGGCCCUCCACAACAUUUCAAGCUUCAGAGCUUCAAAAACAUAGCUCCGCCACAGUUCCUGUUAGGGAAAGGACUGCAGCCUGGCUGUUGAGAAUCUGCUUUGUGCAGUUACUGUGUUGCUGCUCCUCCUUUUAAAAAACAGGAGAUGGCAUGGAAUGAAUUUUAGGAGCUUUUGCAUGCAAAGUAGGUGCUCUACCGCUAAGUAGUUCGCAACAAAAUCAGUGAGGCUCACAAUUGCAGGAGCAAGAUUUUUGCAAGUCAGGAAUGGCAUGCAAAAAUAAAUCAAAAUGCUGUGUGUGAUGGAGGCUGUUCUCUGGUGCAGUGUUUCUGUUCCACACCCCCUGCUCUGUUGGUGGGCUGAAGCUGGUGGGACAACUUACCCUCGAUGGCUGGGUCCUCUCUGAACAGCAUCCUUUAAGGCUUAUUGAUUUUAAGAGACCAUCCCUUGGCCCCUAGGAGAACACUGGUUCUGUCUUUUAUGGGAGCAAUUAAAGCGGUUAUGAAACAGAGCAGGGUCGUUAACCGCGAUCCCACUUCUGUGAUAUUUAUAGGGCCCUUUUCAAGAUUUACAUUUGAAUAAAAUGGGAAUCUAAUUUUAGCUCUGUUAUGGGUUUUUAUUUUGGGGUGGGGGGGAAUUUUGUCAAUUUUGAGGUGUGGGUGGUGCACUGGGAGAGUCUAAAACCAGCUUGUAAAGCAACCAAACUCUGUUCCCCUCCUAUGGUAAUGGAAAUGAAAUCUUUGUUUAAAUCUCUCGUGCAACGGUAUGGGGUUAACUGUCCUUCCUGUGAGAUGUGUGAGAGAAUGUUCUAAAUAUUAAAAAAAGAAUUAGAUGAGUUGUUAUAAAAACAUGUACCCAAAUAUAAAAACUCCCCCUUUUCCACAUAACCUCCAUGGCACUGCCACCAGAUAAAUCUCUUCGAUCUGUCCGCAAGGCCACAGGUUCAGGGUUUCCUGUGUUUGGUGAAAAGUGGAUUUGGGGUUGAAAAAUGAACUAGCAAGGAGAACUCCCGCUGAACUUGCCUUGUUUGUUAUUCUGGAGUAAGGAUCUGGCCCAGGCUAAUCCAGCACUUCAAAGAGGACGGCCCUCACUUUGUAUAUAGAACGUCAUGGCAGAGAGCGGCGUGGUUGAUAAGAGAAAUUGGGGAUGGGACGGUUUUGAUGCCCUGGGAAAACGGGACCUUAGUGGGAAGUGCUUUGAUCUUUUCUAAAGUAUUUUCUGUAGGGUCAUCUGCCUCUUUUUCUUCUUCCAAAAGGCCUCUGCUGACUCUUUGUCUCAUACACGAAAGGCUUAGUAUAAUCUGUGCUUUUAAAGGAAGUGGGGAUAAAAAAAAAGGGAGGCAACCUAAAAUUUCCACCAAGGAAAGCUUGCAGAAUGCAAAUUACAACAAUUUUUAGACAUCAUUGCUGAGGCUUUGCUUCUUCUGCAAGGUGGGGGAAUGGGAUUGCGGGACAAAGAGACACUGAAAGCCUUGCCCCACUAGAUUGCAUCAGAUUUUGUCCAUACUGUUUCAAGCCCAGCUGUAAGGACUAGAAACUUGAUGGUUUAUUUGUUUGAUUCAAUGCAAAUGGGAGAAUGUUGAAUUCUGCCCUCAGUACUGAUGUUCCACAAUUAUAGAAUUACAGGUUCACACUUAUCUGGUGAAUAUAGGACUUUGCUCUUGGUGUAAUAAGGUGAAAUGGCUCUGUGUCUUCCUCUGUCUACCCCCCUCCAAUAAAAAUUUCAAAAAGUUGUGUUGCCAACAAAAUGCUAGAUUUUGAAUCCAUAUCCUCUCCAGUUAUUUGAUGGAUGAAAAUAUUUUUUUCAUCCAUCAAACUUUAAUUUUUCCACUUCUGCAAUUUGAAGCGGCUUCUUUUUGUUUAAGCUUGUAGGCUCCCUCCUACAACAUGGGAGUGUGCAUGCUCCUUGCAUUUCUUUGUUUUUAAAGCAUUGGGAAAGUUCUUCGUUCAGCCACGUUCCCCCUCCAAAAAAACAUGUUACAAUGAGAAUUCUUUAGCUACGAUUCCUGUUUUGCAGGGGGUUGGUUUGGUGACCAUUAGGGUCUCUUCCAAUUCUACGAUUCCACCAUUGGUGCUAGAUCUAAAGAACAGUAGUAAGUGGCGGAGUGAAUUGGGCCAGUGUUACACUUGGUUUUCCAACAUGGAUGUCGCUGCUGGUAACCGAGGAGGGGAAAGGCAGAAGGGGAGUCGGCUCAUUUCAGGUGCACCGUUGAGCGUCAGAUUGCGUCUACUACACCUGAACUAUGCCUCCCUCUCCUUCCUUCCCUGGGUUACCAGCAGUGACCUCUGUGCAUUGGGAAUCAUAAUCAUAAUAAAUUUAUACCCCACCCAUCUGGCUGGGUUUCCCCAGCCACCUGAGAAGCCAGGUAAACAAUGCCCCCCCUCCAUCCAGUUCUGCCCUGCUGAGUGCUACUGCUAAACCAUGGGCAAAACUAGGCUUUAUUUCACCCUGGUCAAAGACCUAGUUUGCCACCCACCCUGUGCAUUUAUGUGUACACACACACACACACACACACACACACACACACAGGCCGGGAGCCUCAAUGACACGCUUCUGGAGGCUUCACCCAGGGCAAAAAACCUGGCUAGCCCCCCUGUAGCUACGGCUCUAGCUAAACAAUAUUUCAACAUUCUGGGUUUCUUUUGGGUCAUAUUAAAUGGCACUCUGAAAUGAAGUGAAGCAUAAUGGGCUUUAUUUGACUCUUUUGAGUUAAGAAGUGUUUUCUAGAUCAUAAGCGGUUGGACUUUAGUCUUUGCUUAUUCUUAGAAUCUGAAGGUCCAUCAGCUGUAACAAAGUGCAAAAAAGUGGCUUUAAACAGAGGGGUGAACAUAGAAUUAGGCAGUGGUUUCUGUUCCAACAUGUGUUUGUCACAACAAGCACUGUUUCCAUUCUACUGCAGUUUGCUUUCUGCCUAAUAUUAUGUUAUUCUUUUCGCUGUCUGCUGUAUGAAAAAGAACAUACAUAACUAUUUAUGUAGCUUACAACCACUUCAAUGUAAAGGAAAUGUCAAAACAAUGUUUAAAAAAAUCACCAAUCAGGUAUUGUUUGUGCACCUAACCCCCCACCCUCAACAAUGAUGUGAACAAAUACUGAUCACAUUUGCUUGACUAAUUUCCUUACCUGCACCAAAUUCUACUUCCCUUUCCAUUGGAAUUCUCCAACGCCUGCACCUCCUAUGGUGGUAUCACUGGAAGAAGUGACUCUGAAGGGAUCUCAGGAUUCUCUAUGAAGAACCAUAGAUCAGUGGGAGAGUACAUGCUUUGUAUGUGGAAAGUCCCAGGUUCAGUCCCUGGCAUCUCCAGGCCCCAUCUGGAACCCUCAAGAGCUGAUGCUACUCAUUGUAGACAACACUGAGCUAAAUGGGCUAUUGGGACCGACUCUCUAUAUCACAGCUUCCUGUAUUAAAGCAACCCUUAGUGCAAAACUCCAGGGUCAGGAAUCUUGUUUUAUUUUCAGGAGACAAGUGGUAACUUGGUGGUAGAGCAUCUGCUAUACAUGCAAAAGUUUCCAAAUUCAAUCCAUGGUAUCUCUAGGCAGCACUGGGAGUGACUUCCUGCCUGGAACCCUGGAGAGAUGCUACCAGUCAGUGUAGACAAUACUGAGCUAGAUGGACCAAUGGUCUGACUAGGUAUAAGCCAGCUUGCUAUUUUCCUGAGAGGCUGUUGCCCAGUUCCCACAUACAAGCACACCUGAUGCUCUUUCUGCCAAUACAAGUAUAUGUCUCUGUUGGUUGGGAUGAGGGAUUCUGCCACUUCCGUCAUUGGCACUGCUGCUGACUCACUGGUUGGGGAUGUUGUCCAAAACAAGCCAGAAAUCCCUAGCCAAAAAGUCUAACACACAUUCCUACCUCCCCUACCAGAUAAACUCUGUGAUUCAAAGGCUGAUCAAUCUCUGGAUGGACUUUUUGGCUUUAUGUCAAUAACCGCCAAACACAGCCAAGAACUGUGGGACUGCUAGAAGGAAUUAAAAAAAAAGAGGUUGAUUUUUAAAUAAAUACAAAUCCCCUAAGUGGUUUUUCCUCUAACAGUUAAUUUAAAAGCCAUUUGUGACUAUCCAAAUGUGCCCAGGACAAACUGAACUGAGGAGGGAUCACUUCAUUAUCAGACCUAAUAAGUCACUCUCACUUCAUCGCUUAGCUAUUUUAGCCCUGGCCUUUUUCUUAAUUUUCUUUGUACUUGGCCACCAGCAGUGCCGUGUUCUACGCAGGGCUGCCAAAGUGAUCUGAUUGCAUAGAAAGACAGUCCAGAAACGUCUACAGCAACCUUCUCCAACCCAGUGUCCUCCAGAUGCUGUUAGACUACAACUCCCGGCAGCCAGCAUGGCCAACAGUCAGGGAUGAUGGGAGCUGUAGUCCAAGAACAUCUAUGAGGUGCCAAGUUGGGGACGGUUGAUCUACAUGCAAUAGGCUCAUUGGGAGCUAUUUGAAGAGCAGUGGUUGUGUGGCAUGGAUGCAGCCCUUUCCUCCAAAGUAGAAUAGAUAGUCCUCCAUUUGAUGUCUCGGGGUGGGGAAUCUGCAGCUCUCCAGAUGUUGCUAGAUGCCAUCUCCCAUGAACCCCAGUCACAGUCUUAAGAAAAUAAGAAAAGACUGCUGGAUCAACAAUGGAGGCAGAACAUAGUCUUCAUGGCUAGUAGACACCAAUGGCCCUCUCCUCCAUUAAUUUUGUCAAAUCCUCUUUUAAAGCCAUCUAUGUUGGUGGCUAUCAGACAGCCCUUCAGAUAUUGAAAGGUGGCCACCAUAUUUUCUGAGGAACAUUGCCCUUAUUACCCAUUUCUAGUAUAAUGUUUUCAUGUGCAAAAACACCCCCCCUCCAAACAAAGGCCAUGUAAGACCAGUCAGCCCUUCUCCUGCCCUAGAAUUUAUCCAGAAUACUUUGCAGCUCACAGGGGUUCCCCACUGAGCAAAUCAACAUAGAAAGUAAGUCAAUAAUUUGACUUGGUAAUCUAUUUGUUUCCUCUGCUUACAAAACUCCCAUUUCUCUGUACAGUAUACAGAUGGAAGAGAACAUAGUUAGUGGGGUGGUGGGUUUUUCUGUCUCCCUUCUUUAGAAUGUCAAGGCCAGCUGGAGAACUUUGGAUGCGACAGUUCCUCUCCAUGCUGACAUUUCAUGGGGUUGGUGUGUAACAGCUGUCGUCUUCCCCAACUAAUAAAGGAAGAUGUGCAUCUCAACAUAGUCUAGCUCCAUGAAGCCCAGGUGUGUAGUUUCUGAUAUAGAGAUAUCUAUUUAUUUAUUUUUUUGGGGGGGCUGCCAAUGCUAUAGUCUGACUAAAAACUCACUUGCAAACUUUUGGAGGUGUUCUGUUCCUCCCCUGCUCAUAAGCUAGGGUGAAAGAUUUAAGUUGUGGUGUCAACGUGGGAGGGGGCACCUACCACAAAACUUCCCAAUUAUUGCUGAGUGAACUCAGUCUGCUUUUCCCUUCCUUUGGCCAAAGUGUGGUUUGUACGGAAUGGGGGAGAAAGUCGUUUGAUCCUUCUUUUAAUGUGAAACUGCGGCUUAGUCAUGCCGGCCACAUGACCCGGAAGCUGUCUGUGGACAAAUGCUGGCUCCCUUGGCCAGAAAAGCAAGAUGAGCGCCGCAACCCCAGAGUCGUCCGCGACUGGACUUAACUGUCAGGGGUCCCUUUACCAUAUCCACACUUCCUGAACCAAAACAAAUGCUGAUAACAGGCCAGAAUCCCCCCAGUUACCUGAUAGAAGUAGUACUAGAACAUAAAACUAUCAUAAUGACCCAGGAUGCUGCUAUAUAGCAAGUCAGAAAAUUGGUCCAUUUAGGUCAGUCUUGUCUACCACUGACUGGCAGAAGCUCUCCAGGAUUUCAGGAAGGGAGUCUUUCUCCCAGCCCUACCUGGAGAUGCCAUGGAAUUGAGUCUGCAUGCAAGGCUGGUGCUCUAUCACAGAGCUAUGGCCCUUCACUGAUUUUCCUCAGCAGACUGAGUUAGGAGGUGCUGAGCAGGCCCUGUGGUACAUCCAGCUGGUAUAAUUCCUUUUAAUUCCUUGCUGCUAUCCGCUCACUACUUUGUCUGACACCUGCUGCCUUCACUCUCAAACAAAUGCUGCCAUGGGGCAUCAGCAGUCCCAGCAUGCGCUGUGUCAGUGUAGCAAUGGGUGGACAUGCACAGGUGACGUCUGUUGGGCUGUGGGAUCCUGAGCUGGCUGCCACUCUGUCUCCAGGGCCUUUCUCAAUAUCCCAGUCUCUGUGGCACAUUGGGAGAAAGCAGCCAGGCCAAAACAAGGCAGGCCCAGCCAGCCCAGCAGCCACCAAGCCUUUUCAUCCCUGUUCAGGAAAUAUGGGAAUGGGGCUGGGGGCUUGCUAGCCUUCCCUCCAUCAUAAUUUGCCUAAAGGUAGAGCCAGACCCUCCAAGUGUCCCUAUUUCCCAGGGACAUCCCUGAUUUAGAGAAGCUGUCCCAGUUUCUGAUUUGAUCCUGGAAUGUCCCACUUUUCCUUAGGAUGUCCCUAUUUUCGUUGGAUAAAUGUUGGAGGGUAUGGAGUUAUCCAACCUCUGAGCCAUCUGAAAGCAAUCCUGUAUAGGGAAGUGGUUUUUAAAAAUGUUUUAUAUGUUUUUAUAUAUAUUGGAAGUUGCCCAGAGUGAUUGGGGCAACCCAGUAAGAUGUGUGGGGUGUAAAUAGUAAAAUUAUGGAAUGGGACGUCCCUAUUUUCAUUGGGGAAACGUUGGAGGGUAUGUAGAGCUGCCCCUGCCUUUUCUAUUCACUGUCUCUGUGCCAUUCAAGAAGCCAGAUAACCACAUGACUUGCUAGCUGAGAAAACUGGAGAAUGACUUCUAUUAUUAUAGUCCGCUGUUUCAAAGGACAGACCGACCCGUUUGGCCUGGGUGUGCAAGUUUUGGAUGCUGCCAACCACAAUUGGGUCGGAUAGUUGCCCAGUUAUCUCAUUCCACCUGUGCUUUCCUUUGUAUGUUUCAAUUGAAAAAGAGAAACAUCUCACAAAUUCAGUUUCUAUCCAGUUUUGAUGACUACAUUGCUACAACCUACUGGAGAGGUGGGAUAGGCCGGGCUUUUGAUCCAUAGUGUCUCUUCCCACACAAAUACAUAAAAUACACACACAUACUGUAUUGCCCAAGCUUUUGAUUGAAAGCCCCAGCAGUUGCCAAGAGGUUGAGAAAUAUAUUUUCAUUAAGAAAAUUUAACUGACAAGUCGCUGGCAUGGUGCUUGCAGACACCAAAAAUGCAACAGCUAAUAAUCAUGAUGAAAUGUCAAUGCACGGCCAGAAUUUUUCCUUUUUUAAAAAAAAACUUCAUACCCAGGGCUUUUUCCUGGAAAAGGGUGCAGAAAAUUGGCAAGAUCCAGUGGCUCGUUGACCCAGCUUGAUUUGUGAAGCCAAAUGCUACCAAAGGCAGUUACAGAGUAGGUUGCAACUUAAGCAACACCUAAGAUCAGAUGUGAGUCCUAAUUUGUUAUCCUUUCAAAGAAUUUCGGCUGUAUAUAUUAUGGUAGAGGCUUCACUGUACUCUAUUUAUUUUAGAGGGCUAUUCUAAAGAACAUUAUAAACUCUGACUUGUCUACUCUAUAUGAAUUCCAUAUGCUAAAGCUUAAUUUUAAAUGCCAUUAAAAAGCACUUAACAUUUACAGUAUAUCAGAUCUCUGCUCCUUUAGCAGCUUGGAUGUGCUACAGUUUGGAAAAUGUUCGGUAGGCAAAAGACAAAAAAGAGCCCUUUAGAAGUCAGGCUCAUAAAUAUCCUAGUAGAAUCUUCCAGUGCUGUGUUUAAAAUUAUACUGAACAAACUUCUAAAUACCGAACUUUUUUUCCUUUUUAACCUCUGUUCAUUUUUGGGUAUAAGCUUUUUUUAAGGCCUAAUUUAAAACAAAACAAAAAUAAAAUAAACCUUGGCUUUAAAAUUAGAUUCUUUCUGUAGCAUUUCUCUCAUCUCCCUCUAAAAAGUGUGAAUUAGUCUGUAUAUUUGCAAACUGAAAUAUGCUACUGUAUUUAUACAGGUGCUUAUCUGUGUCCCAAGGUUAAGAGAAGGGCACAGCUUAUGAACAGAAAUCAAAGAUGGCUGGUUUUUGGGGUUUUUUUUGGUAAACCGCCCCCUUUUGAGCUCAAACUAAUUACAUGGUAAACACCUGGAAUUUAUGCAAGGGUGUUAGAAAGAGCUGAUUCAAAGGUCUUCUAAAAGGAACCCAUUUUGUGGAUUUUUGCCCAAGCGGUUACAAAAUGGCUGCUCUGACGACAAGGAUCGUUCACCCCACAGACAGAGACUGUUCUUCUGUCACCAGGACUUGUCUUUCUUCCUUGUUCAUUUACUAAUACAAAUCUCUUAUUUAUGAGGAGGAUAAUACUAUCAAGCCCAAUGGAGUUGUGACAGGUACCCCACUGCCAUCUUUUUUGAGGAGGAAUUUGAGAAGAACCUGAGGGAAAUGUUUUAUUUUUCUUAGGUGGAGAACUGAGGGAAUAGGGAUAUGUUGAGGGAGAAUUUUACACUGUUUCUGUCAACCAGUUUCUGGUUUAGGGAGCACUUGGCGGGGGAGGGGGGGAGAAAGGUGUAUUUGAUAACACCACAUUUCCCCAAGUCUCUGAAUCUUGCAUAGAAAUGUUUUCAAAAUGCUCCUAGAGUGCUUCAUGGGAAAUUAUUGAAGAGAAAUAUAUGACUGCAAAUUACUAUGUAAUAACAGUACUCAGCUUUUAUAUAACCAGGGCUGGUUCUGCCACUAGGCAGAGUGGAACAGCUGCCUCAGGCUAAUGAUUCGGGGGUUUCAUAAGAUGGCAGCAAAUUGUUGGUUGCUCAUUUUAUUAUUGUAUUUUUACUCCCAGAGAAAAUUCUCUGUCUCAGGUGCCAAAAUAGCUUGGCUGGCUGUAGGCACAUUAACCAGGUGUCAUCUUGCUGUCCUGUACCAAACAGCAACAUAAACCAGUCAGUUGAUUGUGAAUAAAUUUUCUUGGACUGGUUGCAGGAAAAUUUCUUGUUGGGUGCAAAAUAAAACACUGAAGGGGUGCAGGGAGCAGGCUAGUUUCUCACAUAGGCAAAAUGAAAAGAAUACUGCCUUGUAUCUCAGGUUCUACAAAUACUAGAAACUUUUUUUGGGGGGGGUGUUAAAAUUGGGAAUCUAGGGAUUAUGAUUCAUCCACACACACACACACACACACACACACACACAAUCAAACACACACACAGUGAAAAUAUGUAUGCAUUCCUCAGUACUACCUGGAGUAGGCUUAUAGGGUAUUCUUGUUUGCUUCUCAAUUUGGCCCCUGCCUUCUGACCUAAUGUCAAUUUUUGUUUGUUUGCUUUGUGUCCUUUCUGUAAGGAGGAUGUUUCCAAGUUACAAAGUGAAAGUCACUGGGAUGAACCCCAAGACCAAGUACAUCUUGUUGAUUGAUAUUGUUCCUGCAGACGAUCACCGGUACAAAUUCUGCGACAACAAAUGGUAUGUCUUGAACUGACACAAUUAAAAUCACCCCAGCAGAUCUAGAGUUGCGGCCUCAUCCGGAUGGUAGUUCAGUUUUGGUGGUGUAGCUUGCAACAGGAAGAGCAGGAAAUGUCUUUGGCAAAGCAAUGUUUACUUACCUUUUCAUCCCUAAGCACCUCGACACUCUCAUUUUUAGGAACUUGUAACCUGCACAGCCUCUACUUGGCUUUGCAGAUGGGGGCAGGUUUGAGGCAGACUUCCCCUAUAUAUGGAGCAAGUAUUGGAAACAUCAAAACACUGCUCCUUAUACUUUGAAUUAGAGCACUGUGGCUGUAUUCUGGACACCAUUAAUGCAUUAUGUGUUGCUCUGUGCUAAACUUGACACACCCACUGAAAAUUUUCUAUGCAAGGAAUUAAGACUAUCUCUUCCCACAAUUGCUAAUAGAUGUCUGAUUUUAACUUUUUAUAUGGUUUUUAUUGUAUGUUUUUAUAAAUGUUUGCUGUAAACUGUUUUGAUUUUUUAAAAAUGAAACAGCUGUAUUUAUAUAUAUUUCUAAAUAAGUGGUUUUUAAGUGGAGCAAGCAAAAGUGUGUUGGUUUAAAUGCUCAGGGAUGCCCUGCCUGUGUAAACAAGGACUGCUUUCGGUUCAAUAACACUGAUUGGGAAGCUGCUUCAGAUAUCCCAGAUACUGUGAGCAACUCGUAAACAAUGGUAGCUGCUUAUUCCUGAGGCUUGCAGACUUGGUCGCUGCAAAGUGGCCUUGUGCAAAAAUGUUUAUAAUCAUCCAGUAGAUGCUAUUCACCGAUUAUUCAUCGGUGUACUUAGGAUUUUGCACUUUCAAAGGUUAAAAAAAGUUACGUCUACAACAUACAAUUUAAAGCACAUUUCUUUCUCCAAAUGAAUCCUGGGAACUGUAGGUUUGCUAAGGGUGCUGGGAAUUGCAGCUCUGUGGGGAUUCUUUGGAGGAAAGCCCUGUGCUUUAAAUGUAUUGGUGUGGAUGUGACCCAAGCUCCCCGUCCUUACAAUCUCAGUGUUGACAGUGAGGAAAAACAACAGAUGGAAGAGCUAAAUGACAAAUGGGAGAAAGUGGGCGUGACAGUUUUUGUUUCAGCUGGGGUUACAAUUUGGGAUAAGGAUUACGGAGUUAAGUCAAGGACGUCACCAUAAAGUUUUGAGAGAGGAUAUGAAGGAAGGUGAGGGGUGUGUGCAUGAGAUGUAUAUCUCCAGGCUACAUCCCUUAAUUGUGGGAGCUUUGAGUGUUUAAUUCUUAACCCGCAUUCUCCUUCCACAGUCUCCUUGGUAUUGGGAAGGUGCUCAAUGAACACUUCUUAUGACCCAAGGGUGUGUGUGUGUGUGUGUGUGUGUGUGUGUGUGUGUGUGUAGCUAUUGCUUCUUACUGUGAACUGUGGGUUGCAGCUGCUAGGACAGUGAAUAGUCUUUCCCAAUUCUACCUAGAGACACCGUGGAUUGAACCCAGGCCCUUCUGUAUGCAAAGUAGGUGCUUCCUCUAAAAAUAAAGAUUUCAUUUGUCAAGGUUCUGAAUUAAGGGCUGAUUUAAAUAGCAAAAUAGGAAACUCUUAUACUGCAUUAGACCAUUGGUCAAUCUACCUCAUUAUUGCCUACACUGGCUGGCAGUAGCUCUCCAGGCAUUUUGGGUAGGCGGUACUUCCUCAACCGUACCUCAAAAUGCCAGGGAUGUGCUCUACCACUAAGCUACAGCUGGUGGCAGACAGUGAAUGCUCAUCUUGUUGGGUUAGUGAGAAAACUAGGGCAGUGAAAGGGAGGGAAAGUCUUUUGUAGCAACCUGGGUUUUCAACUAAGCUGGAACUCUUGCUCCCCAAAUGAAUUGUGGGAGUACUGUCUAUUUCACUGGACCAGAUCAACAGUACUGAGGAAGCCUAAGAGAUGGCAGAUGGAAAGGCGAACGUGCUCAGGGCUUCAUCUGAGGUCCAGCUCUGGAAUAUAAUUUCCAGUGCCAAAGCAGAGCUCCGGAAGUCGUGAAGUAAAAAUGGAAAAACACAGUGAUGGUCUCCAUCAAAUCUCACAAUUCCACCUCCCACCUUUUAUAACAAAGCUUGUCAAGCUUUCAAAAAGCACUGGGGGGUAUUCAACAAAGUUUCACUCAGGGUAGAUUCAUUUAAAUUAAUGAACAUAUCUAAAUUGGGUCCAUUAAUUUCAAUAUGUCUGAGAAAAACUUUGUUGAAUACCACUGUGAAUGUGUGUGUGUCUGCAAACCGUCCUUGGACUUAUCUGAAGGAUGGUAAAUUUAAAGUAAAGAAAUCCAGUUCAGAAUAUCAGUUGGGUGAACUAUGGAAGCAAAGAGCAGAGACCUUUUCAUACUACCCGCAAGGCUGUUUAAAAAUCUUUAGGUUAAAUUUGUUGAUGUUGCUCUCUCUAAAAAUACAGCACACAAUAAAAAUACAAGGCUCGCAUUUCAUGGCUGGUGUUUGGUAGUUGAAAAACAAAGUGGUUUUUUUUGUCUUUUAUCUGCUGUAUUUACUUCACAAUCCAUCAGAUUUCUGCUCUGUCCUUCUUCACUCAUUUAGAAACCUUUUAUGGUUAUGAUUUUGUAGCUGUCCUUGAAUGGCUGGAGACGUUGGGCAAAACAUAUCGUACUGAAUUAAAUAUACAAAUGAACACCAUAAAACUUACCUUUCUGUGUUUGCUCCCCUCGCAGGAUGGUGGCAGGUAAGGCUGAGCCUGCGAUGCCUGGGCGAUUGUAUGUCCACCCAGAUUCACCUGCCACAGGAGCCCACUGGAUGCGCCAGCUGGUGUCAUUUCAGAAGCUAAAGCUCACCAACAACCACCUGGAUCCCUUUGGACAUGUAAGAGAAAUGACUAUAUAUUAUUACCGAUGAUGUUUAGGCUGUCAAAAGAUUCCAUCUGGGAAGUUGUGUAAAACUUGUUGCAGCAAAAACAGCAAAGGGGGUUUUGGAACCUUGAAGAUUAACAAAUUCAUUUUUGCAUAAAUUUUGUAUGGAGUCCAGUUCUUAUGCCAUAAUAAACUGGUUAGUUUUCAAGGUCCCUCAAGAGCCUUUGAUAUUUUAGGGCUACAAGUCCUAUCAACCCCAGCCAGCUGCAGGUCCCACUCAUGCCAAUGGUUCCUGUGCAGAAUCUCUAACUCCAGGUUGAGCUUCCAGCAUAACUCUACACACUCUUGUCACUGGCACCCAGAAGCUGCGUAGCCUUAUAGUUUUGAUAUUUGUGCCAGACAUCUUUUUGUGAGUGUUGUCUUUGAUUUCCGGCAGCAGAGGAUUCAAGCGUGGCCACAUGUGAGCAUCAGAUACUCUUUCCUAAGUAUCUCAACAUUUUUCAUUGGUUGCUGACACUGUGUUGUCUCUCUAUCCAUUCAUAUUUGCAUAUUUCUCUUGGGCUUUGACUCAUUCUGCAGUUUCCUGUUUUCAGCCAACUGAAACCUUUGAUGUAUAACACUUUGUAGUGUGCUCAGAACUGAUGGUGUAAGUCAAUCACCCCCCCCCCCCCGGGUGUUCAGAAGAUUUAUACACAAUGUACAGGGUAUUUUAUAUUUGGAAAAUCUUCAUGUGCAGAGACUGGAAAAGGAUGUGACCGGUGGUUUUUAUAAGUGCAGAACCUUCUCCAAGGCACAGUAGUCGGCCAAUACAUUGCUUACAUAUUGGUAUAUCAUUGCAAAGGGUACAUCUAACUAGUGUUAAAGUGCAUAUGGGAGCAUAUGAGUAUAAAGGGGUCUAUGCAAUUCUUAGCAGCAGGAUAUUAACUCAACUACUUUCCCUAUAUUUACAUUUUUAAGAGUUAUUUUCUUCCUUCCUCUUUACCUACCAUUACCUGGGCUGCUAAUAUACCACUAUUUAUGUUGGUUCAAUGUGAAUGUUCAUUUUGGCCACAACCAAACAGGACGUUUUUUGUUGGCAUUGGAACCUGGAUGGCUCGAGCUUCCUGGUAUUUUGUUGUUGCGUGGGAUAUAAAGUUUUCGACAUAGGCAUUCCCAUUUUCCACUUUCUGCAUUCAAGGACAACUGAUUCAGAGUUGCAUUUUGCAAACUGCUCUGACUCUUGCCUUAUUGACAAAAAGGUAUGUGAUGGAGUGAUCUUGCCUGUAGCUUUCCCCUUCAAAAUUCACGAGUCGAACAUGGUUUUUAAAGCUCUGAGUGGCUCAGAGUCCAAGUUGCUGCAGAGCUGCCUCCUCCAAUGCUAGUAGACAAACUGGCUAUGGAAGACCGUCCCCCUGGAGUGAUGUCUGUCCUCCUUGUUUGUUUCUGUCUAUCCAACUCUAUAUGGUUUGAUACUGUGUUGUCUAAUACCUAAUAGCAGUGAGCAAUUAUGUGUCUUUAUGGAUAUACAGUGGUACCUCGGGUUACAUACGCUUCAGCUUACAUACGCUUCAGGUUGCAGACUCCGCUAACCCAGAAAUAGUGCUUCAGGUUAAUAACUUUGCUUCAGGAUGAGAACAGAAAUCAUGCUCGGGCGGCGCAGCAGCAGCAGGAGGCCUCAUUAGCUAAAGUGGUGCUUCAGGUUAAGAACAGUUUCAGGUUAAGAACAGACCUCCAGAACGAAUUAAGUUCUUAACCCGAGGUACCACUGUAUUUUAUUGUUUUAUCUUUGCUGUGCAUCACCCUGAGCACCUUCUGGAGGAAGGGCAAUUCAUAAGUGUAAUAAAUAAUAAAACCAAAUUUGCAUGCUUGAACAGCUUCCAACAUUAGAUGUAACUGUGUUUAAAGCUGUGCUCUGUACACAAUACAUACAUGAAUAAGCCAUAUUAUACUGGUCUGGCAAACCUUUGUUAAAAUGCACUAUAGCCAGGGACAGGUUUUGGAAGAUUCUUGGGUGAGACACUCUCCAUGGUGAUGCUUGCUUAAUUUGUCCCAUGCCUAGAACAGAAAUCAAUUCAGCAAAUAUGAUUGGUAUUCAUUGCUUCUGUUGCUUUCAGCCUGCAAAUGAUACAUGAUUACACCUGCCCAGCCCCGUUUACAUUGUGUUCCUUUUUCACUGAAAUUAAUGGGCUGGAAUAAUAUAAUAACAACAUAACUUACGUCAUUAAUCACAUAAAUGAUGAAAGUUACGUAAUUUCAAAACUGAAACGAAUGAAGUAGUUUUUGGCAGAAAACUGCAGCAGGUAUCUGAAGAAGUGUGCAUGCACAUGAAAGCUUAUACCCAGUACAAACUUAGUUGGUCUCUAAGAUGCUACUGGACAAAGUGUUCUGCUGCAGUCGAAAUAAAUAAAAAAAUCAAUUAUUACCACUGGCAAUAUUCCAUUCAUUUGCCAUUUGGGCAGACCGAGGUGCUUCUUUUCUGAUGGUGGAGCUUCUCUCUGUUGCUGGGUGGAGGGACACGUCUGUCCCCUCCCUCCAUCUGCCCCAGCAGGGCAGAUUGGGAGUUUGGAAUGCUCCGUUAAUGAAUAAUCUGUGGAUGACUUCAUUAUGCCUCCCCUUGCUGAGAAGAGUGUAGUCUUUUCCAUCUGAUGUGAACCUCGUAGGCUUCAUUCAUCCUGACCUGGGUCUUUUUCUUGGAAUAACCGAGAUUCUUAAGAAGCUAAAACAAUUUUUGCGUGUGCCUUAAAAAAGGAAAAGAAAAAGCACUACAGUAGGAGAAGCCAACACUCUUCAGUGGCAGAUAGUUGAAGAGGCAUUUAUCAGCCUCUAAAUGUUAGACAUCCUCUUAAGCCACAUCUACUUAAAAGCAAAAUCCCUCCUCUUGGGGUAAGACAUUAAUUUAUGUAUUUCAAAAUCUUUACAUGUGCGGAGAUAAUCAGCCUGACAAAAAAACCUGAUUUAUGUGUGUGUCCUGAGGGUGGCUAGGGAUAUAACAAGCUUAACUAUUUUGACAGAUAUUUGGGCUUUGGAUGAUUCCCUUCUUUUCUUUCUUUGGAAGGGGAAAAAGGGGAAGCCUUUUUGAAACAUACACAAGUCAAAAAUGCUGACACAACCAAAAUGUAUUCAUUAAUAAUGCCAGAUUUAUUUAAGCUGCUGUGGAUCCAACUACUGCUGGAAAAUGAUACUCCAUCCUUCACAAUGCCAUUGGAAGGGAAAUUCAAUUAAUACUAUUCCACAUACAUUGCCCGUCAAGAAAGAUUCAUCUAUGAAUAUAAUGUCUUCAAAACGUGCAAAAUAAGUUUGUACAUGCAGUAGGCAGGGGAGGGCAUUAAUGAUGUAAUCUAUCAGAACUGUGAUAUGUUUUCAUAGGGGUACUCAUUCAUGAAAGGAAUUCCAGUGUCAGGAAGCUGUAGAUGUAUAGGAUAUGGUUAGAACAGAGAGGUUGGGAGAUGCCUUGGCCAAUCAAAAGACAGGACUUGCCAACCAGCACAGUCCUGGAGAGACCAGCUGCAGUUCGUAAAGCACUUCUGGAGCAAUGAAUUUCUAGAUCACUCAAGCAAGUGGGCCAGAUAAUAACCUACAGGGGAAUGGGCACAAAGUUGUUGAGGGUUGGCAGAAGGUAAAUUCCCAUCAGCUGGUAAAUUGCCGCAUCAUUUGCAGUAGAUUGGCAAGGGUUUCUAGAUGGUGGACUUUGGAGUUCUAGUAAAAAUCUGAAGUACAGUAGACCCCAACACCUGCCCAAUGCCCUGUUAGCAGUUCUGACCCCCCCCCCCAAUCCAUUGAUGACUUGGAAAUUGCAGGUCUCGGCAGAUGCUUUAUGAUUUUACUUGUAUCUUUAUUGCUGCUUUUAUUUUUUAUGUUAUAUUUUAUUUUACUGUGUUACAAUUUGAGAUCAAUGAAAUUCAAAUUGUCACACAAUAAAACACUAUAUAUAAAAAUAGUUGUUAUAUAUUCUAUUACAAUCUGAUUUCCAUAAAAUUCAAAUUCCAUUGCAAUAAAACACAAGAAACAAAAGAAGCAACAAAAAUACAAAAAGGUUCCAAUCUGAAUGUUUAGUAUGGUGGGUGUGCCAUUUCCUGUCUUCAGCUACAAAUUCACACACACACUGCAGAUCAUGUGAAUGUAGCUCGUGGACUGCUGUUGGUUUGCAGACCACAAUUUAGGAACUCCUUCCCCCUGUGUCCAACUGCAGGACAUCUAAUGCGCUGUCUCUGGUUGUGUCCAUUCCACAGAAAGGAGGAACCCCCAAUAUCAACUGCUGUCAUGCUUUGGAGUGACUCAUUGCCUCCUUGCAGAAUCAAGAUCUCUGGGGAAUGAGGCAAUGCUAGAGUCCAAGCCAAGGUGCUUAAUUAGAGGGAAUGCAAAGUAUCCCUAGUGGAGAAACCAAGCCAAUGUCAAUUCCAGGAAUGAAAUUGGAGCAGUUUAGGCAAAAAGGAGGAGGCAGCAGCAGCAAUAGUGGAGCUGAAGGAACAUAGAAAGCUGCCUUAGUCCAACCAAUUUGUUCAUCUAGUUCAGUAUUCUCUACAUUGAUUGGUAAUCAGUUCUCCAGGGUUUCAGAUGGGGGCAUUCCCAGGCUUAUCUGAAGAUACCAGGGAUUGAAUCAAAGACCUUCAGCAUGCAAAUUACAGUAUGCAUGCUAUCCUUGAGCUACAGCUCUUACCAAAAUGUGGCAGAGCCAGGAAGCAAGGCAAGAAGAAGAGUGGGCUUGGAGUCGUGUCACACAGAAAGUGUGUCACUGCAUGGUCAAAUCUAUCCACAGGAAGAGGAAAUCUUUAAAAGCAGCAUGCAAGGGAAGGAACUGAUCCUGGGUAGAGGAAAGCAUGCAGGAGGCUGGUGAUGUAUGCCAGAUUAUUCUUUUCUUUAGUUACGUCCCACAGCUAGCUACUGGGAAAUACACUGUUUUCAGGAAAAUGACAAAGAACUUUGUGGCAACUCAGAUUUAUUAUGGCAUAAACUUUUGUGGACCAGACCCUUCAUCACAGUGACAAUUCCUUUAAAGCAAAAUAGUUACAGUGACUGAUUAACAAGUCAGCAAGAACAUUUUGCUCUCUGGAAAGGAAGAUUCUUGAUCCAAGGUAUGAUGGUGCUUCUCCCCGUCCCUUGGGCAUUUGAUCAAAAUUGGAACAGUUGGCUUCUGGGGCCCAUAUUUAUCUGUCUACAAAGAGGCAGUUCUUCUCCCAGUUGAUGUACUUGAUAAAUAUAAAACAAAAUGUACAGCUCGUAUUUCCUUCCACUGCCCAAAAUGAGGAAAUGGAGUAAUUCAGCUGACUCAUUAUAGACCAAAUGUUUGAAAAGAAAGUAAAAGACAGACAGCAUGUUCAAGAGGGAUUAUACUUCAGUUAUAUGAUUCCUUGGGAGAAGCUAUUAAAAUUGUGGGGCUGGCACACCACUGUCUGUUGUUUUAUAUUAAAUGGGUGAUUGUCAUGGCAACUUUUGCAGUGUGUGAUACCUGAUCUCCUUUGGAGAACCAAGAAACUCUCUUAAAACAGCUCCCAAUUUAUUUAUUUAUUUGCUCACGGGUCAACAUAUUAUGCAUUGAUUUCAGGGAAAGUUCGCAUUAUGCAGAGCAAAGUGGCCUGAUCAAACGUUAUGAAUACUUAACGUUAACUUAAGAAGCCACAUCUCUUUCAAAUUCAAAAACGUUUAUCAUCCUUAAGAAAUCCAAAGCAAUGCUUUUAAAAAACAAGAAAACAAUUACUAUAUGGGCUUCUAUCCUGCCUUUCCAAUGCCUUAUCAAGUUAGUAGUCUGUACGGCGCUAUAAAUGUAAGCAAGACUCUCGUGUUUCCAAAGGUACAUAUCUAGUGCUAGGGAGCUGAACUAGUGCUAGGGAGCUGAACUAGCUGAACUCUGAAAUAUAUAUAUAUAUAUAUAGAUCGAUAUUGGCUAACUAUAUGUUUGGAGAGGGGAUAUGUUGUGGGGAGGGAGGGAGUGAAGGUGUUUUAAAAGUGGCAGUCCAUUUUGAAGUUAACAGUUAACUUUAAACUGCCUUAGUUUGUAGAAGGAACUCAAGUAACAAAACAUGUGCCUUAAAAAAGAGAAAAUGGACAAUGUUUAGGGAGUGAAAGAGCCAAGUGGAAUAACUCCUAAUUCAAUGUUUUCUGAUCAUGUAAAACUGCUAUUGAGGGAAUGCCCAUUUUAGGGUUCAGGUGCUUAACAAAAACAAAUCUCUACCUCCCUGCAGAUGGAAAGCUGUAUAUCAGGGUUUUAACCAAACUUUCAUGACAUGCUAACUUUCCAGGUGCAAAUGUUAAUCUGGGGGAACGCUGGAACAAUUUGCUCUCUAAAAUACUACAGUCUGUGAAGGACUGCACUGGGACCAUAGGGUGAUGGGUGGGAAAGAAAGAAAGAAUAAAAAUGCUAUUUGGCGCUACAUCCCAAGUAAUGCAAGGCCCUUUGAUGGGCUUUACUUAGCACUAGCAUCACCAGUGGAAUUUGAAUUGAGUUCAUUUCAUUGAUAGUACAUAUGAUUCAAGCUUUGUUUUCUUACAAAAGAAGAGUUCCAAGAGUCACUUUUGUCCACUAAGGGCCUUAUUGCGUGGCGAGUUCCCGUUCCCCCAGCAGAAAUAAUGACACAUGACACAAUUAUUAAGGUUAAUGGGCUAAAUAAGGCCACAACUUUAUUGGUUACAGGUAUUGGCUUAGGCAUUGGUCCUAACCAACUAUAUCCGACUUCAGCCCGUCUGCUUGAAUUCCGGGAAGGGUUAACCAUCAGUAGGGGGAGUCCUGCUGAUGCACAUCAACUAGGAACUCCCCCGGGGUCACCGAUUGGGGGUGUGCCUUAGGACCUCACCUCCCCAGGCUUCGGACAGGGCCACGCCUCCCAGAAUCCUUUAUCGGACUACCCUUCAAUAUGUGGGGCAGGUGAUGGCACUACCUCCCCUCUUCCAUCUACAGAACAAUACUAUUGCCUAACUGCCAAUACCAAGAAAGUUGUGACGAUUUGCUACGAGGUAGGCGAAAACCAAGUGGCUGGUACCAAUUUGCCUAGUGGAAAAAUUCCUACCAGGCCCCUCAACAGCAACCAACCAAGGUCUAUAGCAGGGUCAAGGAACGAAAACCUUAUAGGGCGGGGGGGGGGGGGAAACUGGAACAGCUGGCAGGCGGCAAAGAGGGAGAUCCCCGGCCGCCUCCUGCCUUAAAUAGGGCAGGCCAUGCCCCCAUAGCCAGCCGAUGACAUGGCCGGGAAUCCCCCCAAUUGUGCGGGGUGGGGCCGUGAAGCCACAACCCCACCACCUCUGUAGGGCGGGAGUGUGCUUGGUUGUGGUUUGUGUGUAGCAACACCCACAGUUGCUUUUCCAGUUUGCAAAUGUGCUCGAAAUACGUUGUGUUGUUGAUAUUCUUACUACUACAGUACUACUAUGACUACUACUAAUUUUAUUAUUUAUAGGUAGCCCACCUGGCUGGAUUUCCCCAGCCACUCUGGGCAGCUUACAGCAUAUUUCAGAAGCAUUUUUUGGGAAGUAGCUUAUAAAUCCUUAAAUAAAGCUCAUCCACAUUUCCAUUUGCCCCAUGAUUUCUAGGCAUGAGUAUAGAGGUUUUUCUUUCGUACUGUCACUUCCCCUGGGAACACUCACAGUUCACUGCUGAAUCACAACAAACAUCAACCCACAGAAAACCCAAUUGACGUUCGUUCCAAUUCAGUAGUAAACAGCAGGUUUCCCCAGAGAAAGUGGCAAGACAAAGGAAAAUCUUAUUGGACUAGAAAUCACGGGAAAAUGGAAAUAUGGAUGAGCCCAGAAUCACUGUGUAAUCUGUACGAAAAAUCUGAACAUUCAUUCUGCGCAGGCUUCUGAGUGCCUGUCAUGACGCAAACUUAUACCCAACCUGACAGUUUCUAAUAACCAAAAGGUGUGCACUUCACUUGCUGAAACAAAGCUUCUGUUCAUAUGGGUAUUAUUUACACCAAACAACGAGCUCCUCUCACAACGUGUGGAAGUAUUCCCUUUUUCAGAGCCAAACCUUUAAUUUUCUAAUCGGAGCAUAGCUAAUUGGGGGUUUGAAUCCUAAAUGCAAGGCUGGAACUCUCUGGCCAGAGGACCCCACCAGCUUAAAGGGGAAGGUAAUGCAAAAUUGUACAACCAGGCCAGGAAAACGGUCAUGGGGGUAGGGAUGGGCAAAUCUGUCAGUUUUGGUUCCUGUUUCUAAUUUUUCCAGUAACUUCAGUUUCCUAGAUGGCCGGAUCAGUUUGCAUUUUUCUAAAAAGUCCUAAUGAAAACUCAUCAAAAUUUUGGUGUGUAAUUUUCCUAGUAAACACAUUUUUGUUUGAUAUUUUCACCAAUGUUUAUGCACACUUUGCCACAGCAUGCGCAUUUUUGUAAACGUUACUUGGCUGGAGAACUGUACUGUACUGUGAUUUUUGAAAGAAGUCUAUGUUUCAGUUUUUUGCUUUAGAAAGUCUGGGUUUAGCUGGUUUGUCUUUUAAAUGUGAACAGAACUAGAUUUCUCUCUCAUCCCUAAAUGCGAGUAUUUGCAUAUUUGCAGGCUCAUAUUGCAUCUACCUAUCACUACCACUAAGUGCCUGCAGAAAUCUUGGCUGCAUUACACCUGAGCUAAAUAGGAGAUGUUUUGUGUGCUCAACACCAGGACGUAUGUUGUGGUAUUAAAGUCACCGUUUGGAGGUAGAUUUUCAGAUGUCCUCCAGUGACAUCAUUGUUACUAUAUUGGCUGGUCCCCCACUGCCGAAGCAACUUUGUGGUUGCUGUUUUAACUGCAGUUCAAAAUUCAAACUCACAACUAAAUGCAUUCCCCACCUGAGUAUGAAAAUGCUGCAGGUGACUAAUGAUCAGUGGGAAGGGAGGCUGCUUGACUCCAGGUGUGCUCACAAUACUUGGACUGAAAUCUAAUCAGUGUAUCUUUGGCAGGCUUAUGCCCUAUAUCCUGAUGGGCAGGGGGCAGUAUUAGGAGAGGUGCUUGUAGCAAACAGUAUUUAUUAGAAUGAAUGUGAAAAGUGGCCUGUGCAGAACUAUUCAAAACAAAGUUAAUUUCAAUGCCAUGUUUAUUUGUUUCUCCGUUCAUGUUCUUUUUCUGUGGCAUAUCCUACCACAUUUAGUUUUAAGAGGCUACAUAGGAAGCUCCUUAUACUGAGUCAGACCAUUUGUCCUUCUAGCUCAGUACUGUCCGCUCUGACUGGCAGUGGUUCUCCAGGAUUCCAGAUAGGUAGAUUCUGGCCCCACCUGGAGAGGCCAGGGAUUGAACCUGCGGCCUUCUGAAUGAAAAGCAUGUGCUCUACCACUGAGCCACAGCUCUUCCCCAAGUUUGAUCCACUUUAUUUAUUAAAUGUAUAAGUUUUCAUGGUCGGCAGGCUGCAUGCGAAGCCUCUGCCUUUUAUUCGCGUCAUUCUGUGCAGUCAACUCCCCUGGUGCACCAGACACUACAUCCCUCGUCAGCCAUGAAAUUCCUCCAAGUGCUGCAGGCAGGGCAGAGAUGCAGGACUCCAGAGGCAUGCUGGGGCAGCUUAACGACUAAUGGAGUGUGCGCCCUUUGCAAAGCUCCCACCAACUGGCUCCAACCCAAAACUUUAGGUAGGUUUUACGGGUCACAGUUGUACCUUUUGGAGUCUCUGUAAAAUAUCCCUUUGAGCUGGAACACCAUCUCAGCAAUGCUGAUUCUAGGCAGGCAGCCUGGGCUGCUGUUUCAUAUGCCCCCCCUCCCUGUUUGCUUCUAAAAAACACUUUCUUUGUGUUUAAGAAAGUAGUGCAGUCCAGCUGAUGAGAUUCAAUAGGAGAUCUUGAAAGUGGAUUAAAGCAUUAGACCCAAAUGGGAGCUGGGCGCCUCAACUCUCUUGGUAUGCUUUGGAGCUCCUGGAACUACUUCUGCUCCUGGAACAUCUACAUGUUACGAAUAACAGUGGAGCAAGUGAGGAGGGGUGCAAAAUUAUGGCCUGUUUUAACAGAGCGUUUGGUGAAGGGAAAGUGCUUUACUUUGAUCUCUGUUUUUCGUCUUUCUUUUUAAGCGACAAGAGAUUGAUGGAAUCUCCAUAUCCUAGAGGUUACCAGACCAUGGAUGACAUAAGUUUGGCUAUCCCUAACUUUGGAGUUAGGAGAUAAGAAUAAACUGCAACAUUUUGCUGCAGCAGGUCCCACUAUUUGCUGUUAGUAAAUAACGCCAUUACAACUUGAAAAUCUCAUUAAAUAUAUUUUAAAUUCUCAUGAACAAUAGAAGUAUAAUUAACUAACUUCCCAAAUUAACUACAGUGAUUACUGUUUUUGGAAUUGAUUUAAAAAUCUCCUCAGUGUAACUUCUGGAGCUGUCCUCCAGUGGUUUGAUAUCACAGGGCAAGCCAAGUGAAAUAUAUUUUAAUAACAGCCUUAAUAAAGCAGCCUCCCCUCUUCCUUGGUCAAAGCUCUAUAGCCAGACAGCAGCCAAAUAGUUAAAAGAGAACCCCAUACAAAGCUGAUAAAAUGCCACGCUGCUUUCUCAUUCCUCCUCAGGGAGAAGAGGGGAAGGCUGAUCUGGAAAAUGUCAUCAAUAAAAACUACAUUUAAAUGGUAUAUCAUGCAGCUGGCUACUGUGGGCAGAAUUAUAUGCCGUCAGACCAAAAGGGCCUUAAAAGAACUGAUCCUGCCAUAAUGGUGUAGCUUGACCCAUCUAGAAAAGAAUAGGCUUCUGUUUUCCAGCCCCACUUUCCAUCAGCAUCAAGAUUGUGAACAUGGCUAAACGGAAGUGGAGGGGCCUCAGUCAGGUUGCUGGAUGCUCUUUCUGCCUAGAUACCAUUAAUGUGCAAUGAUUCUCCCCAUUUCCUCUCCCCAGAACACUGUGGGGGGUGUGGGCCUCUGCAAGUGGGAGGCAGGGAGAGAAGGGGGCAGUCCCCCUCUUCCCAUAUGAACCAUAAUCUCCAGAUCCCCAGCUUUCCUUAAAAAAAGAGAGUAAACUUCUAGCAUUUGCAGAACCUGAGAUAUGAGGCAUAAUUUACAGGCACUAUUAUUUUCAAUUUUGGGGGUGAGAAACUGCCCUAUUUUACUUUGUCCUCCCCCCAGGCAGAAAUUCCCGUGGAUGUCCAUGGCUAUGGGGUCCUUAUGAAUAUAUACAACUGUACCUUGUACGUACAUAUGCAUGUGUGUAAAUAUAUCUGCCUGUCUAUCUUUAAAUAUACUAUAUGGUGAUGGCCAAAUGAGUCUAUUUCUUGUCUACUUCACUUUUUUAUUUAUUUCUUACAAUAUUUAUAUGCAGUUUGAGGCAACUUGGCAGCCCUGCAAGCUUAACUUACCACCCUGUGUCUCAGGACCUAAGUAGGAGACUCAGCGACCCUUUUCCAUCCAACUCUUUCCCAUCUAACAUGAGUAAAAAGCUACACUGGGCAAUACUAACUCUCUCCUCUAAUGAAAACAGACCCAUGCAGAGGAUGCCUUUGGCCUUCCAUCAUUCAGUGAAAGUGGGAAUAGAGCAGCUGGUAUUGCUGUACCGUCAAGUGAUGGGGGAACUUCUUGCAAUGAGUGGAUGAACUGCCUUAAUACUGCAAAAGGGUGGGACGCCCCCCAGCCUCUCUGCUUGCUGUUGGCUAAGAAAUUAGGGGAAAAGGUGAGGAAUGUUUCUGUGAAGGGAAAGAAAAAUGAGCAAGAGAAUGAACAGGCAUAGGAUGAGGCAGUGCUUUUUUUCUUAAAAAAUGUUUAGGGGUACUCUCAUUUUGACUUAAGAAAAUCACCAUUUUAUAGUUCAAAUUGAGGGAAAUAAGUACAAAAGCACAAAGUUUCACAAAAUGUUUAGGGGUAUGCGUACCCCUGCGUACCCCCAGAAAAAAACCACUGGGAUGAGGAGUGGCAAAGGUAAAAUGAAUACACUGAUUUGUGAUUGGAACUGUUUGCAUUGCUUGACUGCUUCAUCAAUUGCCAUAAUUCCUUGGUCCAUUCCUGGGCCUAAUUCAAAGUGUUAGUUUUGAUUUUUGAAAAAACUCUUAAUGACUUGGGAGCUCAGUGCUUUAAGAAAUGACCUAUCUCCACAUGUCCAUACGCAAAGACUUUCAGCUGGUGCUCUUCCCUGGGUUCUGUAGUCUGAAGGGGUUUAUGCUGCUUUUAGAGUUUGUUCCUCUUAUUUUUAUGUUUGUCUAAAUUGGUUUAUUGGGUUUUAUCAAUCAGAAUUUGUUUGAAAGGCAUGGUUUAAAAAUAUGCUAUUGAUGAAAUAAAUAAAUUGGAAGCAAUCAGAUACGUUUGUUUGGCUUCAGGUCUCAAGAGUUACAUCAUUUUUUUUUACUCACACAUGGGAAUGCAAAAUCCUUCCUACUUGAAAUCAAAGCCAAAAUUCACCAUAAUGUUUUAAAUGCCUUUCCCUGCUCCUAUAAUGCACUCCAGUUGAAUACACUUUGUUGUACAGUAUUCCUAAUGAGUUCCCUUCUUGUUUUCCUUUCCUCAGAUCAUUCUUAAUUCUAUGCACAAAUACCAGCCAAGGCUGCACAUUGUGAAAGCAGAUGAGAACAACGCAUUUGGCUCCAAGAACACAGCUUUCUGUACUCACGUGUUUCCAGAAACAUCCUUUAUAUCCGUGACAUCCUAUCAGAACCACAAGGUUUGUGCCACCGUGGCCCAAAAUAACAUUUUGUUUUGUGAAUUUGGUGAUAUGUUUGGGGUGGUGGCAGCAGCAGGUGCAACUUAAACCUUUGUAAAUGAAACUCCACCAAAGUAGCAUUUUUCCUUUGCUUGUCCUGAUGAGAACUUUACUGCUCAGACAGAGAAGUUUUAGUACUAUGAGACAAGUAACCUUCUCUCGUCACUUUCUUCACACUGUGACUGGAUUAUUCCUACCUAAUGGUUGGUAGUUCACAUUUAAACUUUAAUCAUAUCGAUUCCUUCUUUCUAUUCUUCCGGUGUGUCUGUAAUAACCUAAUUGCUCAAGGGUUCCAGUCUUCUCCUCAUAUUGUUUGUCUUCAAGUUUUGUAGGUUCAAGAAAGCUUUGGGACAUUAUUAGGUGGUUAAUGUCAAACUCAGUUUUACUCAGUGUAGACCUACUGAAAUGACGGAACCUAAUUUGGUCACAUUCAUUAAUUUCAGUGGGUCUACUUUGAAUAAAACUUAGUUGAAUAUGACUCAAUGUUUCAUUUGGGUCACACAGGUCCCCCCCCCCCAGAUUUGAAAUGAAGAGAGCUUUGUUAAGUUCUUUAUUUCUAUUGUAAAAAAAGGAACAGCAUUGCUAAGGUCUUGGGUUCGUGGGAUUGUGGUGCAUUGGGGCAGCUCCAAACCUCUGCGCUAAAUGGAAUAUGUGCACCAUUGUAGUCAUUACGGAUGAGACUCCGCCUUGCAGGCAGGUUCUCAUUAAAGGCUGAUUUCCUGUAAGAGUGUGUAGGUCAGGGAUGGGCAUUUUGUGGCCUUCCAGAUGGUGGUAGACACCAUCUCCAGACUUUGGCCAUGCUAGGAGUUGAGAGGCCAAUAACUUCUGGAGUGUGGCAUGUUCCCAACCCCUGGGGCCCGUGCUCAGAAAUCAAGCUAUUGCCUUUGGAAAAAAUUGCAUGGCCAAACUGUAAUCCAAGAAUGUUGGGCCAGCUGGCAGUGAGCCCAAGGGCAGACAAAAGUAAGGACUACUUCCCACAAAGAGUAAUUAACUUACGGAGUAAUUGGCUAUGAAGUUAUAUGGCUUAAAAAAAAAAAGAUUAGACAAAUGAAGAGAGGCGGUGAAACAUACAGAGCAGAUGCCACGAUUUGCUAAAUAGAACAUCUGUGUUCACAGGAACUGUGCCUAUGGGGGAUAGAGGCUGGGCAGGGCACAUCACACGGGAAGGUUGUUGGCAUUAUGCCAGGCCAAGGUGGGCCUCCAUCCAGGAAGACAGUCUUUUUGGUUCUUAAAGGCUGUGUCGGAAGACAGGCUCUGAAUAGAAAGCACCCACCCACUUGCCCUAUGCUUGGUUUUACCAAAACCCAGAGGAUGCCAUUCAGGAAAGGAAGGAAAGUGUACUGAGUGUGUGUAUGUGUGUUUAAAACAGGUAUCUUGGCAGUCACAGUGAGCCCAGUAACUAAUGAAUCAGAGGCCAUAAACUCUCGGAUGUCAUUCAAAACAGCAAGCAAACCUAAUAAUGACUGGUAAAGCCCAGCCAUAAAUCUACAGUGAAAAGUAAUUACGGUAUAUGUAUUUAGGGAGACAUACAAGGAAUGUUACUAUAAAAGCAGUUAAGAGCCUGCCUUGCGGUCAGAACAUGAAGGAAAAGAAGGAUUUUUUUCUUUUUUUGAGUGGGCGUGAGAUUGAGAGAACUGGAGGGGGGAAAACACAAAAUGGAUUUCAGCUCUUGUUCUUGUGGUAGAUUUACAUGCAUUUUGUGAAGGUUUGGUCUGAUUGGAUGCAUGUGAUACAACUGGAGUCUGAGUCAAGAUCUGUACUGACUGAGAAUUGGCACUCCAAACCACACACUAUCUGUGUAUGUGUGGAGUGUGCGUGCACUAUCUAUUGCUCCACAACCUGUAGAGCAAGAAGGAGAACAAACUUCAGACUUGUGGGAUCGAUGUCUUUUUUAGGGGGGGAGGGGUGUGUGUUAACAUCAAGAUCCACCAAUUGGAGCCAAGUGAGGAAAAAAAUGGCAUGGGGUGUGUGACUGAACAUAGACCUAAAAUUAAGAAAGAGGUGUUCGAGCACAUGUUUAGCUUUUGAUACCAAAACUGAGCUUGGCGCCAUCCCCCACCUCCUACCCCCAACUCUGGUUUUCCUCCAAGUAUUCUUGGUUUCAACAGUCUAAUUCAGGAGUCAGCAAACCUUUUCAGCAGGGGGCUGGUCCACUGUCCCUCAGACCUUGUGGGGGGCCAGACUAGAUUUUGAAAAAAUAUAUGAAUGAAUUCCUAUGCCCCACAAAUAACCCAGAGAUGCAUUUUAAAUAAAAGGACACAUUCUACUCACUCAUAUAAAAACACGCUGAUUCCCAGACCGUCCGCGGGCCAGAUUUAGAAGGCAAUUGGGCCGGAUCUGGCCCCCCAGGCCUUAGUUUGCCUUUUAGAGGGGAACCUUUUAGUUGCUACUGUUAAACACUUGGGGGGCAGAAACGUUUCUAUUGGAAAUCACCCAGGCAUUUACCAGUAGAUUCCCAGUCUAUAUUCUGUCUGCUUACAGCUGCAAAAUGAAUGAAGGGUUCCCAGCUUGUAUCUUGGGAGAAGGUGCCCAACAAAGCCACAGGUUUGAGUAGCUGUUUAAUUAUGGGCGGAAAACAUAGAAAGGCAUGGGAUUGUAACAAACUAAGUUCUGUUCAGACCAGACCCACUUAAAUUAAUGGGCAUAAAGUUAGAUGUGUCCAUUGAUUUCAAUGCCUCUUCUCUGAGUUAGGGAUGUUGGAGAAUUUUGACUGAAAUGGGAGCGGAAAUUGAUGGAGUUUGCUUAUUCUUCAGGAACAGAAAUCCAUCCAGCAAAGAAAAUUGGUAUUUGCUACUACUGCUGUUUUCAGUCUGCUAAUGAUGCAUAAUUGAUGUUUCCCACCCCCAUUUGUAUUGCAUUUCCAGUGUCAGACUUUGGGCUCUCAGAUUUCAGCGGCACCCUGUGCGAUGUGAAAAUUCAGGGACCCCUGGUUCUCACACUCUGUUCUGCAGUAUAGAUGUGGCGCCCAGUGCAACCACACUGGUCACACUCCCCUGAAACUGACUGGCAUUUCCUUUGCAUUGAAAUGAAUACAGUGGUACCUCGGGUUACAGACGCUUCAGGUUACAGACUCUGCUAACCCAGAAAUAGUACCUUGGGUUAAGAACUUUGCUUCAGGAUGAGAACAGAAAUCGUGCGGCGGCGGGAGGCCCCAUUAGCUAAAGUGGUACCUCAGGUUAAGAACAGUUUCAGGUUAAGAACAGACCUCCAGAACAAAUUAAGUUCUUAACCUGAGGUACCACUGUAGUGUGGAAUAACACAACGAUAAGGUAACGAGUUACAUAAAAUUCUGCCACAGCAGACAGCGAGAUCAGUAACAUAGUUUUUGUUAGAAGCUGAACUGCAGUCGAAUGGAAACAGUAAUGCAUGUAACAAACAUGUAUUGGAACAUAAAUCAGUGCCUUCUUGCGUCCUUAUUCUGAGUAGGACUAACUUUGGAUGUAAUCCAAAGCAAUUUCUCCCAAACUGCUUGUCAUAGGAUUCAACCAAAAAUGUUGACAAUCACAAACUUUACAGCACAGUAUGAAUUUCAUGAAAUCUGUGCCAGAUUGUUGGGCAGGGGGAGAAAUCCCUGGUCAAGGAAGGCAUUCAAGAGCACUCGUCCUCCUGACACCGUCUUUGACUCGCUUAACCCAUAGCAAAGUUGUCAGUUGUAAAGUGAAGCUCUCCAGAAACAGUUUUGUCUGGAGAGGCUUUAUGGAGAGAGAUCACCUUAAGGUCUCACUUAAAAUGUCAGUAUUAGGGAGAGGGUCGUAUUUCUACACAAAUGACCCAGAGAGAUGUACGGGUUUCUUGACACCCAGCUUAAAAGCUCUUUUCCUCACAACUCCAUUCACAAACAGGAACAGUUGCUGGCUUUGGUAACUUCAAGCAGCUGAGGCAUACCUUAUUCCAACUCACAAUGAACUGUAUACUGUUUGGGUACUGUGAGCCUCAUGAGCUAACCAAACGAAUCAGGGAGAGCAGUUUUACAGCACUCUGGCUUUGUAACUUCAGGAGUUUAUUCCAUUUCCCAAACUAAACAGUGGACUCUGUGAGGCGGGAGAUGGAGAAUACAGAAACUGCAGCAGAUUGCUGAAACUGAUUCAGAAUAAGGCACCAAAUGCAUCAUAGGGCUGACACUACCAGCUAUUUAGUUCAAAUCUGAGGCUGCUUGGUAGCCACUUUGAACUCUGCCUCAUGCUUUCCUAUUUAUUUCAAACACUGAUGUGCCAUUAAAAUGUUCAAGACAGCUGACAAUGGUUAAAAAUAAGAAAGACAUGAGAUUAAAAACUGCAAGAAUGGUUUAACUCUGGAGACAAUGGUGGUGAGGUACUUUAUAGGGAAGAAUGGCAUCAUUCUAUGCAAUGUGCUGGUAGUCUUUAUAAAAAAUGCUGUUUUUUAUUGCGAUACGAAAGCAAGCCAGCUUAGGAACUCUUGUAAUGGCUGAAAAGUGGGGUAAAAGUGAUAUACCAGUAUUUAUCUUCAACAUUAUUGAACCCCCCCCUUAGUUGCCCCACAUCUAGUUCUAUCUUCAACAAUACCACUCAGAUGCAUCAAUACAAGAAUAGGCAGAAAUUAGACUAGAGUUGGUGCAGUUAACUAAAUUUAGACUCUGGAUUUAAUGUUUUUUUGGCGGUGUGGCGGCGACUGGCAAUGUAUCUUACUUCACUAACUUCAAAAUGUGGUAAGCCAGCAAGGGAUGGGAAUGAAAUUUGAUCCAUUUAAAUGUGACCCCAGCUAAUUAGCAGCACUUUCCGGAACUAUAUGUGAACCAAAACACAGCCAUAUUUCAAAGUUUGCACUUCUCUGAAUUUUGCAAUGCAAUUCUCUUAGCUAAGUAAAGGGUACAAAAAUGGAUAUACUAGGAUAAAGUGUGCAUAAAAUUAAUACAUUGGUGAAAAUAACAUACAAAAUGCAUUCUAUUAGGGGAAAUUGCUUUGGGGGAAAAUGUGCAUCAUAAUAGAAAGUCAUACUAAAAUACUGCUGAAUUUUUACGAGUACUUACAAAAAUGGCAAAUUGAUUUGGAAAUGUGGAUAACUGAACUUUAUGUUGAUCAAAUGAGACACUGAAAUUGACAGAUCCCCCUGUCCCUAAUUAGCCAGCCCUGGAGCAUUUGGGUGCCCUCCUGCUCCUUCUGUUGACCAGGCUCUGGACCUUUGCCCCAAAGUCCUACUCUGAUGGCAGCACUGAUUCGGAUGUAGCAGUAGACUCGUCAGAUUUUUUGUUUCUGUAUUAUUUAACAACAAAACCCUCCCUCUUAAAUUAAGCUGCUCGUGUCUCUGUUCUGUGUAUGCAGAUUAGGGGUCAUGUGGCGUAAUAAGUAAUUGACUCUCCCUCCCCCCAGCCACUAUUUAACACCUGGCUCUGAUUAAUGGACCUUGGGGUUCUAGUAAAAAGCAAAGUAGAUCCCAUAGGCUUCAGGUUUGCUCACACCUGCUUUAGAGGAAAUGCAGAAUGGCCCAGAGCACAAACUCAGAAUUCUCAAAGCAUUAUUUAGGCCAGUGAUGAAGCCCCAUAAAUUGUUUUCAGUAUCAAGCUAAUCCCUAAAACAUUCUGCUUCGACUAAGCUGGGUGGGGGAUAAAAAAUCUAUACAGAAUGUCAAAAGCAUGCUUUUUUUGGUUCUGUUUAGCCUGUAAAAUAUCAGACACUCUUCACAUAUUUUGAAGAAUCAUCACUUGCUUGGUGCUACCAAAUCUAGCUUACUUCACAGCUUCAGUAACGUGGUAAACACACUGUCUGCUAAUGUUAGAAACAUAAGCCCAAUUCCCACCAUCUUGUGGACAUCUCCUAACCUCAUUAACUUUCCCCAUGUUCAAGUUGGCUGCAAAUGGUGUCUCUGAGCAUGUACUGAGUGCUCUCACCUUGCUUUCUUCCCACUUCUGUCCUCUUGUUCAGAGGCACAUCGUAGUCGGGAUCCAGAAUGCCAAGAUGUUUCUGGACUCCAGCUCGCACCAUCCCUGACCAUUGGCCAUGCUGGCUGGGACUGAUGGGAGUUGGAUUUCAGCAACAUCUGGAAGCCACCAGGUUGUUUUGCCUUUACCAAUUAAACACCAGCCCCUUUCACUCCAAGAUGCAUGGCAGCCCAGAGGACACAGGAUUUAUUGUAACCUAUAGCAAGAUAUAUCUCCAAUCCACAAGAUGAAUCCAUGUGUUGAGUUGACCUGUGCCCCAUUUAGGCUGUGGCUAUUUAUGCACCCACUCUAAAAAGGACCUGCCAACUGAGAGACUAUAUUAUUUCAAAAUCCAAAAUCCUGCCAUUAUGGAGCCACAAACAAGUAGCUCAUUCCCAGGUUGUCUAUUCAAAUAAAAACAGACUUGGCAGAGCCGAGGCAGGAACCCUCAGUGUGAAUCUUGGUUGCAAAGUUACAGUUGUAAGUGCAGCUGCAUAGCCCCAAUAUGGUUAACCAAAGAAUCCACUGAGAACAUUCUUAGUAACUCUUUGGCAUCUUUUAAUCAUGUCAAUUAUGCUAAUCAGCUGAAAGGACUCUGGUGUGAGAUCUGUAAAAACACUUAUUUCAAAACGUCCAUUUGGGGCGGUGAUGUAGCAUCUAGCAACAGCAUCUUAAUAUCUUGGGACCAGCAGGAUUGUAUCAUUUAGUGUGAUACUAUAACUUGAAGACAGAGAAGGCAGGAAGAAUAUGGAAUCUGAUAAAGGGGAAAUAAGAAGAGUUAGGGAUUACCUGGAAAGGGAUAGCAGAGAAGACUUUGAGGCAACAAGAGUGAAUAGUCUAGGCAUGUCAGGUCAGGCCCAUAGUUCAUCUAGUGCAGAAUUGUCCACACUGGCUGGCAGCAGCUCUCCAGGAUUCCACUCAGGGUUGUCUCCCAGCCCUACCUGAAAAUUGAAUGUGGGCCCAUCUGCAUGCAAAGAUGUUCUGUCCCUGAGCUAUGGACUUGCACAAACAUUGUGGCCACCUGUCCUAUAGGAUCUGCAGGGCUAAAUUUAAAGGAUGGCUUCCCCUUCAGGGAAGUUAAUGACUGAGGCAGUGCCGGUGGAGAUAUGUAGAAAUCCCGAUCUAAAAUUAAGAGGCAGGUUUUCCUGAUGCAAGAGCCCAUUAGGCUUGAAAUCUGGAACGUACCCACUGAAGGUCAGGGCUGUGGGUGCCCUAGCUCUUUCCCUGACUGUCUUCCCACCCGCCCUAAAACAAAAAGUAUGGAAUGGAGGAUAGCUGCAAAUGUAUUUUUGUUUAGCAAGGAGAUGGGAGUUAGAGCGAGAAGAGAGAAACACUGUAAACAGAACAUUCUGCAUCCUGUUUGCAGGCAGUAAAGAACUUAUUAUAAUGCCAGUUGCUGAGGUGUCCUUUGGUGACACAGAGUACAGAAAGGAGCUGAAUGAAGAAGUGUUCAAUUGCACCUUGGUUUGUGGGUGGAGUGUUUAGGCAAAGCGUUGCAGCAUCCUGCGGUCUUUGGAAGAUUGUUAAGCUGCCACAGGCUCUACCACAGCUUAAGGAACCUCUAGGGAAAGGCUAAGUAUGUGGGUGGGUAGGGGGCAGCCUGACUCCCUCAAUUACAGAGCCAGUAGCAUCACUUUCCAGGUAUCAUUUAGUCACUUGCCUGGAGCUGUGCCUGCCAUCAGCCUUGUGAGUGCUGUUCAAUGAUGCAGCGCACGGGGACACAGGGCGUGGAAGGCAGCGUUGUAAAGAGAGGCUAAAAAUAUAAUAAAAAGCCACAUUUUUGAAAAUCCCUUUUAAAAAAAGAAAGAGAGCAGAAUUGGCCAAGAUGAGUGUGCCAGGAAAGCUGCAGCCAGCCAGCCAGCAGAAGGUAAAGUGGCCUCCUUUUGAAAUGUCAGUGCCUUCCAGGGUGUGGGGUGCAGGAAGAGGGACUUGCCUUGCUCACCCACUUUCCCGAUAAGCAUUGCUUGGCUGCUAGGUCGUGUUUUAGCAGUUUUCUACUGGGGUCCAAUCCACACUUGUUUCUGUUCUCUCCCCCUCUCCCCAGUAAUAUUCUUUUGGACUGGCUUGUGAGGUAGACAAGGCAUUUCCCAGCCUGUACUAAUUUCACUGCUUGUGCUGCUGUAUGCCAUCAUUUUUUCACACUCCUUUUAUGACAAAUUUUUAAUUUGAGCUUCUUGGAUGAAAAGGUGGGAUAUGAAUGCAAUAGAUAAAUAAAAUAAAGCACUCUGUUGCCAUAGCAGCUUGAAAAGUGACGGGGAGAUGUGUGAGAUGAAUGACUAGCUACUGGGAGGAGAUAUAAACACCCCUACAAGCCAAUCAGGAGAAAUGCUCAUUUUCAUCUAACCCUGCAAACAAAUCAGAAUGAAUACUAAUAAAGACUGGAUAUAAUCUAACUAGUACAUAACUUUGUUCAAGCAAUUCAGGAUGAAUGCUAAAUGCUCAAUAAAUAGGUCUUCUGGAGAAGCACAAACUCUGUAGUCUCCUUUCAAAUUAAUAACUCGCCGCAUUUAUUUCCUUAAUAGAUAACUCAACUGAAGAUAGAAAACAACCCGUUUGCCAAGGGCUUUAGAGGCAGCGAUGACAGCGACCUACGCGUGGCAAGAUUACAGAGGUGGGACAACUAAACAGAGACAGAUAAAAUUAGGAAGGGCCCAGAAUAAGCGCAGGUGUCUCUCUGUCUAAUACAGCGAGUUCAUGGGCAGUGUUUUCUCUGUAGGUGGGGAAAACUGUAUAUAUUGUCAUCCCUGUAGUGUGCUGCAUAACUAAGUUAUUAAUUUUAAAAAUUGUUAAGAGUGCUUCUCAGCAAUAACCUCAGAGGAGAGUUCUUUCAGACUGGAGGCCUACUAUAGCCCAGCAACAGACACAACACACAGGGCUUCUGCUUGUCUGUUUUGGCUCUUGCUUUUGCUGGAUCGUGUCCCCUUGGGGUUCUGUGCAAGCAGCAGCAGAUCUUGAUCUUCACAGCUAUCAGAUGCUUUGACUUGCACAUUUUGCUGCUUUGGCAGGAGCCCAUGUGUGCUUGGCAGAAGUGGGCUAUAAAUAAAUUAAAUGUGCAUUACAGAUGGGAAACAGACAUGGAGCAAGGGUGCUUUGCCCAAGGCCACCCACUCAGCUCUGUGGCUGAACUGUGAUCUUAAAUACAGAUCUUGUCGGCUGGGGAAAAGAGCAUACGCUUUGCAUGCAGAAGGUGUGAGGUCAAAUUCCCAGCAUCUUCAGCUAAAAGGCCAUCAGGUAGCAGGUGAGGAGAACUGGUCUGAGUUCCCAAGGAGCUGCUACAGUACCCAUACAGUCUUAAGGUGACUUUCUUAUGCCCAGCACUCCAGGGCAGUUCUUCUGAGGAACUCCUUCCGCAUCCCACGAUCCAAAGAAGUUGUGUGUGUUGCAGGAGAUUCUGGGGACAUAUCCUAGGGGGCACAGUCCAGGUCAUGCAUAGUUCUAGUCUGAAAGCCUGUUGGGUUCAUUGUAACCCCACAUGGAAGGAGAGUGCUUUUCUAAAUCAUGCCCUCCUAAAUUACACCCAUCACUCUCCUGCAACAGGCCCACUGCAGAAGAAUAAGAGCAGAGAUGGUCUUUGGUCAAGCUUCUUUUAGGGAAACUAGUCCAGUGUUCCUGAAGGAAGCUUCCAAGGAACACAGUUUGGAAACCAUCUUUCUAGGGCCACACAAUAAUAGUGAGAUAACAUUCCUGAUGGUUUUGUUCUGUCUAAAUGUGUGUAAAACUGGUUCUUUUCCUAUUGCAUUUUGCAGCAAAGAGUAUCCAGUGAUCUCCAAAAGCAUAAUGAGGCAGAGGCUGGUGUCAACUCACGGUCAGCUUUCCACUAAAUCUGACGUCAGCUCGCUCCACGGGAGCCACCAGGGUCUCCAGCAUUACCAGUAUGAGAAUGGUGCUCACAUGCAGUUUGCAGCAUCAGAUGCCCCAGACCUGCCCCUCAACACCUUCACGGCACAAAGAGAAUCGGGGCUCUUCUAUCACUGCCUGAAGCGGCGAGGUAACUGAGAUCUGUAGGCAAAAAAAUGUUAGGCUAGGAGACCUUACCUAACAGAGUAGUGGGGGAUUUCCAGCGGAUUCUCUAAGGGAAAAAAUGUCUCAUACAAUGCAAUUCUGAUUAAUAGCAAUCUUAGUUAUUCUGAAUCCUAUAUGGUUGCAUUUCUUGUAACACUAGUUCAAUGAAUUCAAAUGUGCACACACAUGGAAUUUCAUCUCUCUUUGUGUGUAUGUGUCUUAUUUGGUGUAACACACUGCAAUCUUAAGCACACUGAUGAGGGAGUAGGUGCUAUUGAACUCCCUGAGAUUUAAUUCUGAGUAAAUGUGUUCAGAGCUCAGCUACAUGUGACUUUGAAACACUUGACCUAAAAGUUAAACAAAGCCAUAAGCAGUGUAGCCAACAAGCAGAAGAGCAAGAAAGUUGUUAAUCACACCACUCUGAAAAUUGGUUCUUUCAGAAAAAUUCAUUUAUUAACUAGCUUAUUCAUUGUAAAAAAAUUCGGGGUUCCUUGCAACAAUAAUUGGGGCUUCCCGACCUCAGAAUGCUGUUCUACAGCAAACAAACAUUAAGAGAGAUCCCCCGCCCCCGAGCACAUAGCAAAAACAUUUACCAGCCCUUAGCAUUUAUCUGGCAAGUUUUCUGCAGCAUUUUGACGUGAAGUCCUGGCAAAUGUAGACCACUUCUCUUUUUCUGGACAGCGCUCUUGAUAAGGCAUUUGAGGGCUCCUUGAACUUGUCAAAAGCAACACUACAAAAGCAUUGUGGCCAGCCUGUUAUCGAGAUGAAUGAAAAGUAAUUGCUGGGUGUAAGAAAGCAGUAGCCAAAGUCAUUUAAACUUUCAACUGAUAGAGAAAGCCCCUUAAAUUAAGAUUGAUUGGAAUAGAUCGACAUUGGCAAUGCCCUGCCUUUUUGAGAAUGAGGAAUGUCUUUCGAAGAAUAAACAGGGCUAUUUGAUUAUUACGAAGGCAAUGCUGUAGCUUCCCAGAUCAACAGACAGCCUGAUUCUGCUCAGAGAUAGGUUCACCUUAGGCAUGCCUACUGCUGCAUAGGAUCAGGCUGUAAGGUGCAUAAUGCGAGGGAUUAAAAAGCAAGUUGUAUGAAGGCAGAUUGAAGAACCAGGAUAGGGUUAACGGCAGGCAGAGGAGGAAGGGGCUAUUCCUACAGUAUUUAGAAUAGUUCAAAUGAUCACAAGGAAGAUGACAGGGGGCACCUGCCACACCUGCUGUGGAGAAAAGGCAAAGCGGCGAGUUUCAACUGCUGCUUUGUCUUUCAAACUUUCUACCUUUAACGUGCCCUUUUCCUAAUUGAUUUUUUACUGCAUAUUGCAGAAAGUGAACGCACCCAGUUGCCAAAACUUGGGGGGCAUUCCUAUCGCCCUAUGCAAACACAGAGAGUGACCAAUAUAUCCAACAAUCCAGAGGGAUGGUCAGCAAUAAGGCACUUUCUGUACCUGGGCUGGAAGUGAUUAUAAGAACUGCAUGUAGAGGAAACUAGCAAUGCAGUGGUCUGUGCCCAGAACCUUUUAACUAUCUAAGCAUUUCUCGCUUUGCUUGUUCCUUGGUAUGCAUGCAGAGGGUGCCCGGCAUUUGGAUUUACCCUGCAAACGCUCUUAUCUGGACGCCUCCUCUUCUGUCGGGGAAGAGCACUAUUUUCGGUCACCACCUCCUUAUGACCAGCAAAUGCUGAGCCCCUCCUACUGCAGCGACGUGACGCCGCGGGAGGCGUGCAUGUACUCCAGCUCCGGUGCUGAAAUUGCAGGUGUCUCAUCGGUAGAAGACUUGCCUCCUCCUCCUCCUCCUCCACCUUUGAGCUGCAAUAUGUGGACCUCAGUUGCACCUUACACCAGCUACAGUGUUCAGACAAUGGAAACUGUCCCCUACCAGCCGUUCCCUGCUCACUUCACAGCUACCACCAUGAUGCCGCGUCUACCCACCAUCACGAACCAGAGUUCCCAGCCGCCGGGCAACAGCCCCUUCACAGUCUACAAUCAGCUUUCACAGUCUCAGGCCCGGGAGAGAGUCCCUGCGCCCUCCUUCCCAAGAGAACGGGUGCACCCCUCAGUGUGCGAGAGGAAGCCCCCCUCUCCCCACUUAGGCGCAGCCAAUGAAUUCCUCUACUCUCAGACCUUCUCGCUGUCCAGGGAAUCUUCUUUACCGUAUCAUUCAGGAAUGGGGACUGUGGACAACUGGCCUGAUGGAUGA